AGGCGGCCUUUUGCAAAAAUGAUGGAAGACAAAGGACAUAGAGUUGCUGACUAUUUUGUGGUGGCUGGACUCACUGACACAUCCAAACUUCUGGACCACGACAUAGCUCGAAUGGAAACCAAGAUCGUGGGCCCCAAGGCUCCUAUUACUGACAUUGCCAUCAUCAAUAGGACAUUAGGAGAGACUGUACCAGAGGGCUAUACAUGUAUUGAGCUCACACAAAGUGGCCUCCAAGCGAAUCUCAACCACGGAAGCCUUAAGAGUCCAGAGCUGUACAUCUGUUAUAAACGUGAGCGAGAGAAGGUGCCCUUAAUAGACGUUGGGUGAGUCUCAUGCACUUUAUUUUGAUGGUUUGAUCAGACUGGCAAGGCCAACAAUAUGUUAUUCAACUGACCGCUAAUUUAUGUAUAACUUCAGGUUUUUGUGGCUCUACGGAUGAAAAGGUGUAUUGCUAUGUCAAUUUCAGCUAUUUAUUGCAUUAGAUAAGUAUCAGUCUCAACGCAGUGUGGUCAGAGAGUCAUGCUUCAGAUCUGAUUUGAAGUCUACAGGCCCAGAAAGUCCCCUUCUGAUGUUUAAAAUAUACAGCUUGGUGUGCAUGUGCCCUAUCCCAAAGUUAACCCCUCACAGCAGCUCCCUGCUGCUCAUACAAAGCAACUGCUCACUUCCUGUUGUAUUUCUGUCCGAUGUCAGGAAGCUACUGCAUGUGGCAGUGGUUAUUGCUGACCGUAACUGACAGUCUGGUGGCAUCUGUCAGUAUCCAGCAGAUAGAGCCUUUUAUCUGUGCUUUCUUACAGUCUGUAAGUAUAUCAGCCUACUGGAAAGCUGACAGUCAUCCGUCCACUGCCUACAAACAGUUACUGUAUACAGCAGCUGUAUGCAGCAAGUAGAGAGACUCCUCUAUCUCCCUAAAAAUAAAUCUAUCCCUAAUACAUACAGGGCCGGUGCAAGGACUUCUGCUGCUUCAUUCAUUCCACCCACUCAUGCAGACUUACAUACACUGAUCAAUACACACACUGACCCAUACACAUACGCUCACACUGACCCCCAUAAAGAGAGACACACUCUGACUCAUAAAGACACACACACACUCUGACUCAUAAAGACACACACACACUCUGACUCGUAAAGACACACACACACUCUGACUCAUAAAGACACACACACACACACACACACACACACACACACACACACUGACCCACCCAUACCCAUGCAUACACAUACACACAGAUCCAACCAGACUGACAUACACAAACAUACUGACUGAAACAUACUGUCACACAUUCUAUGAAACACACUGUGCUUUCUCUCUUACCUUCAUUGCACUUUGCUCUUCAUUCCUGUCUUCUUAAUUGCUGCUGGUGCCCCAUUUCCUGUUAUUCUGCUGCCCCCAUGUCCCCAUGUACAGGGCAAGGGGCGGGAGCAAGUGAAUGAUGCGCCCUUGCGCUGCUGCGGUGCUUGACUGGGAGAGGGGUCCUGACUUAGCAGGCUGUGGUGGAUGGCGGACCGACGUUCUACCAGGCGCUAAUCUACAAGUAAGUGCUCCCUAGCGCCGGUAACGUGGCCGGCGGCCACCGCGGCAUGCUAUAUAUCAUUAAUCCUACUUGAUAGACAGACAAGCAGUAAAGCCACUUGGAUGAGUGUCAGCAAGAAAUACAAUGUUUGUUAAAUAGUUUCAAAAACUGAACUUAAAAUUCAGACAUUCAGUGCCAUUUAAACACCUAGUAAUAUUUCUAGGAAGGUCCAAAGAAUGCAGCAUUUUAUAAUAUUUUUAAUUCUAUUAUUUUUGUGUGUUCCUUGCUAUAAAAUUACCCUAUGUUGUAAUUUUCACACGUGCCAAAUUAUCAUCACAGUUAUUGUCGGUGUACCUAGUGAUUGCUUCAAUAAUUCAUGGGUUUUACUUCAUCCUCGGUCAUAGAACUAUCAAACAGCUUUGUCUUAUUCAUGCUAUCCUCACUCACUUUUUCUCCAAGAUGCCUGAUUUUUAAAUGUAUGUGAAUAAAAGUAGCUCUCAUGAUGCCUCCAAUGGCACCACAAAAAGGAAGUUUUAUAGUUUCUCGUUGGGGAAAAUAGGCCUUGUAAAUGCAACAUAGUGAGAGGUACUGCUGGCGAAUCACUGUGAUGAGUGGAACUGCCAGUCUGGUCUCAGGCAAAAUAUGACUUUGGUGCCUGAGAAUACACCAAAGACUUCUUUUUAAUGUUAUUAAAUAAGGCUUCUCCUUAAUGUUAAUAACUUCAUAUUGCUUACUAGCCUUCAUUCCCUGUCCUCCUCCUCUGGCUGCUUUCGUUGCAGCCUAUUCAGCCAAGCUUAUUUCCUGCACUUAGUCACACACUGGGGAGCUGGGUUCAACACUACACACAACUGGAGGUCAGCGCAUUAUUUUUAUUAUUGCCAUUUAUUAUGGCGUUUGCUGCAUUGUCCUGACCCAACACUUCUUUUGGAAAUGGCCAUCUUGGUCAAAUCUAUCAUUUUUGUUUACUUAACCUGCUUGUUAAGCUGCAUUGUACUCUUCCCUUCCAGUUCAUUUCUAGCAGUGUCCGUAUGCGCUCUACUGGGAAUAGGUGUUUCAGAGUAAAACCUGUCAAGGUGGAAGGGCUGAGCAUCCCAACCGAUGGGGAUAUGUGUGCAUGAUAUCCAUGUCUCCUCUGCACUAGGAGUGUUAUUGUUCUCCCUUAUUUGUAAGCACAUAAAGCAUUAAACAGAUUAACUGUUAUUACCUGCUACAGGCAAGGUUAUGAGAAAUAAAUAUACUGUAUUAAGAACGAUUGAAGAGGAAUUCUAGAGAACUAGCUCUCCAUUGUCUAAUAUCUGUUGAGUGUUGGGAGGUACAAAGAGGUCUCUGUAAUGAGCAGCUGAUAGCUCGAUCUUUGGAUUGCAGGCUUGGAUUUGUUCAGUCUUGAAGGCUUAAGUGGUGCUUGGGAGAAUUGCAUUCCUCCAGGCAGAUGUAAUACAGUGCGAUUUGUCUUGAUUUCUCCAAACUAAAGUCUUUGCAAUUACAGCAAAACAUGGGGGGAACUAUACAAUGAGGUAAGAGAAACAACAUAAGCCUACAGUUAUAUAUUUAUAUCAUCAGGUGUUACAAAAAUUGUAUGAAUGAAAGGUGCGCUGGCUAAGAGAGAUGGGGAAAUAAAGAAAGAAACUGGGAAAUGGAUGUGCCAAUAAGUGGGAAAUAAAAAUAUUCUUGUAAAACUAGGCUUUAUGUCUUAUAAUCCAAAACAAAAACUCUGUUUGGCACAAUCUGAAACCAUGUAAAAGAAAGGGAUAUGAGUAAACCCUCUAACAAAUUAAUCCACUAGGGCCAGAAGUGUCUCCUAAAACUUAAUACACAAGGAUAAAUUGAAUAACAAUUCACCACUAGGGGCUGCAGUCUCGGAAGGAAAAAACCUUUAAUCUAUAAAAACCCACUUGUAUAAAGAAAAUAAAUAAAUGUAGACUCCGCUACCUAUGGAAUCAAUAUUAAAUGCACCCUACACGGUUAUAGUCCACAAUUGUCAACUUAGAAGUAUCUGUGAUAAUCCUUCCAGAAGCAGUGGCAGAUAGCCGUGGAUCUCUUUGCAAUUGUCAGUAUAUAUGCAAAUACAAAAAAGCAGGGGAAAGAGAAAAAAAUUGUUUAGCGGGUAAUACCGCCCCCCCCCCAAAAAAAUCACUGAAUUACAAAUAGGUUUUAUGGUGGUAUUUUUUGUGUUUAUUUUAAAACAGACUAGCCUAUGCUAACCAUAUUGAAGAACACUUUAACGUAAAAAAAAUAUAUUUAUAUAGCGUUAUAGUGUUCCUUUAGCAAUUUUUGUUUACUGUGAGCUUUUAUUCAUUAUAAUUGUAAUCAUUAUCAUUAUUUCCGGGCAUCAAAUCAUGCAGAACCAAUACUUUAACACAUUAUCCAUAAACAUUUUUAGAAAUAACUCAGAAAUUAGAACUGAACUGUGAUAUAAUUGAUAGGGUUUCCAAAAAUAAAUCUGUUGAUGAUAUUCUAUUAUCAAGCUAUUAUGGAGCCAAGCAAUAUUGUCACACAAUGGACAUCGGAAUAUAUUUUUUUAAGACAUGUUCACAGAAACAUCUCUUGGUCAUACAUGAAUGGUACAAUAUAUGUCAUUGUCCUAGCCAGCACUGUUCACAUAUCAGUUUGAAUGAAAAGGUCACAGUUGUGCUCAAAAGUUUGCAUAUCCUUGGAAAAUUUUGUAAUAUAUGUACCAUUUUUAAAGAAAACAUGAAUGAGCAGGCAAAACGCAUUUCUUUUAUUUCUUAUGGGGUUCAUAUUCCUGUAGGUUAUAACAAUAGCACAAUCAUAAAACAAAGCAUGACAACAAAGAAAAAAAUGAAAUAACCCCAGGUCAAAUGUCUGCAUACCACUAGUUCUUUAAUACUGUGUAUUGUUCCCUUAGCAUCAAUGACAGCGUGCAGUCUUUUGUAAUAGUUGUAUAUGAGGCCCCUAAUUCUUGCUAGAGCUGCCCAUUCGUCUUGGCAAAAUGCCUCCAGGUCAUGCAAAGUCUUGCAUGAACCUCAUGUUUGAGUUCUCCCCAGAGUGGCUUGAUGAAAUUAAGGUCAGGAGACUUUGAUGGCCACUCCAGAACCUUCACAUUUUCCUGCUGUAACAACUGGAGGGUCAACUUGGCCUUGUGCUUUGGGUCAUUGUCAUGCUGGAAAGUCCAAGAGCGUCCCAUGCGCAGCCAUCCAUGCUGCAUUCAUCUUGCCAUCAAUUUUCACAAGAUUUAGAGCCUUUAGAGCUCACAUCCCCUCCACCCCCAAAACAUCAGUGAGUCACCACAAUGCUUCACAGUGGGGAUGGUAUUCUUAUCACUAUAAGCCUUGUUGAUCCCGCUCCAAACGUAGCACUUAUGGUUGUGACCAUAAAGCUCUAUUUUGGUCUUGUCACUCCAAAUUAGUGUGCCAGAAGCUGUGAGGCAUAUCAAGAUGGUGUUGGGCAUAUUGUAACCGGGCUUUUUUGUGGCAUUGGCACAGUAAAGGCUUCUUUCUAGCAACUCGACCAUGCAGCUAAUUUUUUUUCAAGUAUUGUGCUCCUUGAAACAACCACACCAUCUUUUCCAAAGCAGUCUGUAUUUAUCCUGAGGUUACCUGUGUUUUUUUUAUUUUUUUUUAUCCCGUACAAUUUUUCUGGCAGUUGUGGCGGAAAUCUUUCUACCGGACCUUGGCUUGGUAUCAAGAGAUCGAAUUUUCCACUUCUUAAUACGUGAUUGAUGGCAUUUUCAAGGCUUUGGAUGUCUUUUUUACCCUUUCCCAUCUUUACAAAGUUCCAUUACCUUGUUACGCAGGUCUUUUCUGCUCCCCAUGCCUAGGUAUCUAGCCUGCUCAGUGCAUCCACGUGAGAGCCACCACACUCAUUGACUGUUUAUACACAGACACUAAUUGCAAUUUAAAAAGCCACAGGUGUGGGAAAUUAACCUUUUAUUGACAUUAAAUCUGUGUGUGUCACUCUGUGUGUCUGUAACAAGGCCAAACAUUCAAGGAUAUGUAAACUUUUAGGGCCAUUUAGGUGAUAUCUGUUAUCAUUAUGAUUUAAAAAGGAGCCAAACUACAAUGUGAUAAUAAAUGGCUUCAUAUGAUCACUGUCCUUCAAUAAAAUACAUAUUAAUUUGCAUAAAACUGAUUGACAAAAAAAAAAGUAACACAAAAUUUAAGGUACACAAAACAUGGUGUGUGUAUGUGUUGACAUUCAUUGAAAAGUGUCUUUCAUUCACUCUGAGACAGUGGAAGUUUAUGUAGUGUUGCCUCAUGCUGCUGUAUGUUGCCAUGGUAGCUAUUGAACCUAGUAUCUACAAAAAGCAGCAUUGUCUCUCUUUCAUGUGUAUGAGACUGAGUGGCAUAUUCUGCAAAUUAAUGCUGUUACAAACUUUCUGAAAGUCUGAAACUUUUGUAGUAUGUUUUUGUUGUAUUCUGUUGAUAAGAAAGUGUAGUAAAUAGUCCUAUGUGUUUAAUUGGGAGAAUAACACAAAACUUGUUAUGGUGUUAUAAUUGUCCAUGCUUACGAUAAAUUGAGGAAGAGUGGCUUCCUUUCUAUAAGCACUAGAUUUCCUGGAACAUCUCUGUUUUGUAGAUCUACAUCUAAUAAAAAUAUGCAUGUAUUUAAUUCUAUAUUUUUUUCAAUGCAAAAAAACCCACACACUCUUUCAAGUCUCUUGUUUGAAUAAUUUAAAAGCCUUCCCCUUAUAACCUCGCCCAGACUUUCUGUGGCUUUCCAAUCACAGACUUCCCAAAGCAGUUUAAUGAGACACAUUUGCAAGACAGGUGCAAUUGACUCCAUAGAACUAUACAACCAGGAAGUAACAGGACUGGUUGUCUGACAGUCAGCGGUGUAACAAGACAAAUUAAUGAAAGUGCCAAUAUCUAUUGAAACCUGCAUGGAAAAAAAAGUACACCCAUGUCACAAAGUACUACAGGAGGUUUAAGUGCUUUACUGCUCUGGAGUUUUUCCUUAUACGUGGUUCCUAUGAUAUCUGUAAUGUAUUGUUAUUUUGCCUUGGAUACUUAGUUCUGCUAUUAGGUGUUAUCUUUGUGGCUUCUUGAUUUACUUUCUUCCCUUUUUGUCUUUCCAUUUUAUAUGAUUUAUGAAAAUCUAAAUCUAUAUUUUAACCUUCUACACAGGCUAGAUUGAUUUGCCACCUUUUGUGCAGGUAAAGCACUGUUUUUUCAAUACAAUGUCGGUAUCUAAAGCCUCGUGGCAUAACUUCAAGCAGGACACUAAAUCCUCACUCAAAUAAAAUUCAUGGUUUUUUUUGUGUGUUUUUUUAUUUUAUUUUAGCACAGGCAGGAUUUAUAAAUGGGAGGCUUGGGCUUUUUUUAAAUGACAGAGCUAAAUGUAUUCAUGAUUUAGCAUUGUACUAGUAUUGUAUUUGAACAUUUUUGGUCAUAUCCGAGAGCAAAAGAAAGUAUGCUUUAUAUCACCUGUUAAAACACUUACAAAAAAAAAAAAAAAAGCUUUCUUACACAGAUAGAAAAUGUAUUGGUAAACUGAUUUUGCUUUUAGCUUUACUGUUCCCUUUAUAUGUUGUACUUAUAGGACACUUGCUAACGUAUUCACUACAUGUGACCUUCCAGUACUGUUUUGGCGGUCAGUGAAAACAGGUUGCACUUGUUGGCAUGUCACUCACAAACUUGGACUUGGAUGUUUCGGUUGUAUCAGUGUGAUCUAUGACCUUAGGUUUUUAAAUGUGAAGGAUAAGGAUGUACGUGAGUCAUUCUAUUUUCUGUUGUAAUAAACAGAGCAGAGAAAAAUAAAGCCUUACUUCCUGUGGGAAAAUUAAAAUGGGUUGCCCUUUUGUACACAUUCAUGUUUGCAUAGGAAUGUUUUACUCUGAUUUUCAGAUCAUGGCUUCCUCUCUCACAAGGCUGCGAGGCAAUGCUUGCUGAUGAUAGUGACAAAAUGUUUCCAGUUUAUAAAACUCAAUCCAAGAUCUAUACCUGUCUUCUGGAGCACUCAGUUCGUCAGUUUUGUCAAAUAUAAACCUAGCAAUUGGUUACCAAUUUAUUCUUCUUUCAAUAUAAUGUACAUCCAAAAGGAUUUUACUCACCUUUUUCCAGCCCUGAGACUUUCGGUACGGCCGACCUCCACCUCCAGCAAGUGCUGUCAACAAGGAGGCAUUGCUUUCUCGUUCAAUCCAAUGUCCUCAUAGAGGAGCCUUGGGGACCAAAUGCACACGUGCUGUGAGCUCUGCUUCUCAUAGGUCAAUAUUAAAUGCUUAUGCUUUCCUUUGAGCUGCAGUUUUGCUCAGUCGGUCCAGCAGAAGCACUUCUAGUGGCUGUCAGUAUGACAGCCACUAGAAGGGUGUUUAACCCUUAAAGAUAAACAUUGUGGUUUCUGCAAAACUACUACAUUUUACUUUGAAGGGUUUAAACUGCAGGACCACUGCACCCACACCACCUAAUUGAGAGGAAAGCCCCUCACUAACCAAAAAGAGGCUCCACCAAUCAGGAGACUUUCAUUGUGGUCAAUAGAGUUUGAUUUUACCUGUGAACACCUGUCCAACAGAGGCCUUUGGGAUUAGACAUUCAGCCUCCCACAAUAGUUGCAUUCAUUAUAUCUAAUUAUUAGAUAAUAGAAAAUAAGCUGGUAGCAACAAUACUGCACAUGUGCAGAGAGUUUCUGCAGUUCACUGUUGAUGCAUUGGAAGGUACAUCUCAUUUCAGCAGGGGAUGCAUCUCUGUGUGGCUAGGUAUCUAGAUUUAAAUCUAACUACUGGAUACCUGUAUUUAUUCAGUUCAAAAAAACUAAACCAAUUAGGUAAAUAAACAACAAAACAGCUGUUUGAAGUUGACACAAAAAUGUAUGUUAUGGACUAAACGGGGUCAGGAAGAAAUAUUUGGAACACCACUUUUGCGAGCCUGUAUAUUAGCAGUACUCUGUAAUAUACCAUUGAUUUAUAUUAUUAUUAUUAUUGCCAUUUAUAUAGCGCCAACAGAUUCCGUAGCGCUUUACAAUAUUUUGAGAGGGGGGAUGUAACAAUAAAUAGGACAAUUACAAGAAAACUUACAGGAACAAUAGGUUGAAGAGGACCCUGCUCAAACGAGCUUACAAACUAUAGGAGGUGGGGUACUAGAAACAUUAGGACAAGAAAUAUCAAGUAGGAGUGAAGCAGAGCUGGAGGAGAGAGCAAAGCACUGUCCCAUAGGAGAGAGCAGGAGACAGGUAUGUAAGGUAGAGAUUACUCUGGGAGGCCAUAAGCUUUCCUGAAGAGAUGGGUUUUAAGGCCCUUCUUAAAUGAUUGAAGACUAGGGGAGAGUCUGAUGGCAGUAGGCAGGCUAUUCCAUAGGAGAGGAACCGCCCGCGAGAGGUCCUGCAAGCGCGAGUUGGCCGUACGGGUGUGAGCAGCGGUCAGGAGGUGGUCACAGGCAGAGCGGAGGGUACGAGGAGGGGCAUAUCUAUGGAUUAGUGAAGAGAUAUAAGUGGGGCUAGAAUUGUUCAGUGCUUUAAAUGUAUGGGUUAGCACUUUAAAAUUGACUCCUAUAGCAUACAGGGAGCCAAUAUAAGGACUGGCAGAGGGGUGAGGUGUGAGAGGACCGACUAGAGAGGAAAAUCAGUCUAGCUGCAGCAUUCAUUACCGACUGUAGCGUGGCAAUACGGCUUUUGGGGAGACCAAUCAGGAGAGGGUUACAGUAAUCCAUGCGGGAAAUUACUAGAGCAUGGACAAGCUCCUUGGUAGCAUCUUGCGUAAGAAAGGGGCGAAUGCGGGCUAUGUUUUUGAGUUGGAACCUAAUUUAUACUUCUAGUCUGUUCGGGGGAAAGGUUCUAAAGGUGGAAAUUAAAAUAUUGUUGAUUUCUCCAUAGUGAUUUCACUCCACACUUGCCUCCACUAUUUUUGCCCUUUAAAAAUAACCUCAAUUGACCUUUGACUUAAUGAAAAUCUGAAACUUUCUUAUGCAUAACAUCUGUCACGCAAAAUGGAACAUUUUAGCAGUCUUGUGUAAUUUAAUUUAUAGUUUGGCUUUCCCUUUCAGAAUUCUUUUCAGUCAACCAAUCGUUUCAGUCUAUGUAUUUGUCUUUCUAAUAGUAUUUUCCCCAUGUAUUUUGCUUAUGAUCUGUUACAUAUUAUAGUCUGUAGUUAUUAAUGCUGUAAGUGUAAAUUUUUUAUCAGUUGGAAAUCCACAUGUACUGUUCAUUUGGCACCACUUUUGCUGGCCAGCUAAUUUGCACCUCAGCACUUCUAUGCUAAUUUUAUGAUCGUGCAGAUAUUCUUUUUUUUAACCUCCAGAGGAUUUGACAGGAGAAACAGAAAAGCAAGCAGUGGAAGGAAUGUGAUUUUUGUCAGUUCUCUAUACAUUAGCACCAAAAAAACUGAAAUGAAUCACCACUAGUGGACGCGCCCAUUACAUAUAUUCUGUCCAUUUUCCAUUUGUUUUCCUUUCCUACAUUAAUUUUGCAGCCAGUGUAAGGAUUAUGUUAAAAAUAAAACCUACAUAAUGUAUAUUUAUCAGAGCUGUGCUAUCAUGAUAGGUUCACUUUAACUGCAAUUGCCCCUAUAGGCAUUUAGUGUUUUUUUUUUUUUUCAUAGAGAAACAUUUGUUCACUGUAAAAUGUUUGUAAAGUUAAAAACGUUCUAACUGGAGAAGUUGAAUCCUUUAACAUAGUAAAGAUUUAGCAACUGACAUCACAAUCCACAAUUGUGAUAUUUUUAUUGCAUUAUAUGUGUACAUAUUUUUAUUGAUGUAUGUGUUAUUAAUCUUAUUAAUUAACUUUGUAGAUUAAUUUGCGCUAUCUUGUGACAAUUUCUUUGAGAUAUUAGAUGUCUUUAAAAUUAUUCAAUAUAAUAUACAGUAGCCAGCUUGAAUAUAUAUAUAUAUAUAUAUAUAUAUAUAUAUAUAUAUAUAUAUAUAUAAUAUAUAGUAAAUUAAUGGAGCACUCCCGUUUUGUGGCGCUGGAAGCACCCAGGUAUUGCGGAUUAUACUGAUUUAUGGUGAGCGCCAGAGGCAGGACUGUAUGUAUAUGUGUGUGUGUGUGUAUAUAUAUAUAACUUUACACGUGCCCCACACUCACUGCUCCCGGUCUUGUUAAUGCCUCGGUGCAAACUCCGACCAUAAGUAUAUAUAGGUUCUUGUUGAAGUGCACUCACAGGACUCAAUAAUAUUUCUAAUCGUGCUGUUUAUUCAAGCAUCAAGUGGUACAAAGAAGUGUCGACGUUUCAGUCCUUGACUGACUUUUUUCAAGACCCUUGAAAAAAGUCCAGCAAGGAUUGAAACGUCGACACUUCUUUGUACCACUUGAUGCUUGAAUAAACAGCACGAUUAGAAAUAUUAUUGAGUCCUGUGAGUGCACUUCAACAAGAACCUAUAUAUGUGUGUGUAUGUGUGUGUAUAUAUAUAUAUAUAUAUAUAUAUAUAUAUAUAUAUAAACAUUUUUUUUAUGUUCUAUUUAUUUAUAAAAUAUUUUACAAGGAAAGAUACAUUGAGAUUUCUCUCGUUUUCAAGUAUGUCCUGGGUCCACAAAUCAUUGCAUUGAUACAUUAGGGUACAAUAAAAUACAAAAACAAUAUUAAUACACAAUAUAUACAAAAUGUAACAUAGAACAGGUAGGAAAUAUAUAAUCAACCAUGACACGUGCAUUCUGUUUUGAGGUAUGUAGAGAGGGAUCUCUUAAAGGACUUUAGGCUUAGGGAAGAUUUUAAAUUGUGCUGUAGGUCGUUCCACAAAUGCGGUGCUCUGUAGGAGGAGGAGGAUCGGGCUGCUUUCUUUUUGUAUUGAGGUAGACUAAGUAAAGUGUUGGUACUGGAUCGGAGGUUAUAGGAAGUGGGAACAGCUGGGGAAAGCAUUUUGUUCAGGUAGGGUAGGAGUUUCCCAGAAAAGCUCUUAAACACAAGGCUAGAAAGAUGAAGGGUGCGUUUGGAUUCCAGCGACAGCCAGUUUAGUUCUUUUAGCAUGUCACAAUGGUGGGUCCUGUAAUUACAUUGUAGCACAAAUCGGCAGAAAGAGUUAUACAAUGUGUUUAUUAAUGUGGGAUUGCAUUGCAGGUGCAUAUACUACAUCCCCAUAAUCAAUGAUUGGCAUCAGCAUUUGCUGUACAAUCUUUUCCCUUACUGUAGGGCUUAGGCAGGCUUUGUUUCUGUACAGGGCACCUAGUUUUGGAUAAAGUUUAGAUGCAAGUUUUUCUAUGCGGAGGCCAAAAGAUAGAUUGGGGUCUAAUAUCAUACCCAAGUAUUUGAAAGAGUGGACUGCGGUCAGUGUGCCAUUUGAAUUUGUUUUGAUUGAUAGGUGGAAUUGUGUAAUUUAGGUUCUGUUCCAAAGAUCAUUGUGACAGUUUUGUCAGUGUACAGGAAGAGUUGUUUUUUGGUUUUUUUUUGCGAUCCACUUUUCUACCUCUGUAGACUGGUCUUGGAGCAAAGCCUCAAGCUCUGGUAGAUUGGAUUUGCUCGCAUAGAUUACUGUGUCAUCUGCGUACAUGUGUACAUUUGAGGAUUUGCAGACAUUAGGCAGAUCAUUUAUAAAUAAUGUAAAUAGUAGGGGGCCGAGAAUGGAACUUUGGGGAACACCACACGUGACUGGGAGAGGGAGGGAGUCGCUGUCUGAAAUGGACACAUAUUGAGAGCGAUCCAAUACAUACGAUCAAAACCAGGUUAACGAAUGAUCACCAAUAACCUGAGUUUUUGAGUUUGUGUAGUAGAAUGUCGUGGUCUACUGUGUCAAAGACCUUGGCAAAAUCAAGGAAAAUAGCUCCAGUUUGGUCUCCUUGUUCCAUGCCAGUUUGGAUGUCAUUGCAAACUUUUAAGAGGGCAGUUGUAGUGGAGUGAUUCUGGCAAAAGCCUGAUUGAUCAGGGGUCAGAUAGUUUGAUUGUUGGUAAUACUUACAUAGUUGCAUAUAUAAUCGGUCUAUCCCUAGUUCUUUCACUAUACAAAGGGCACCAACACAAUUUAAAGGCUUUUGACAGGUUUUGACCCCAUUAAUAUUACAUGUUUGUUUUUUGUUUUUUGGAAAUAAACAAAUUGCAGACUUCCGCACCAGGAGACAAAAAUCACAACACAGCUCAUCCUAUGACCGCACAGAGUAAGCCAAACUGUUGUAAACAAAACUGCCUGCCUAGCUUGUAGUACCGGUAGUUGCUCAAGCAGUGUUUGUUUCUCUUCUCCAAAUGCUUAAAAGAUUUGUUGGUUCCAGAAGUGUCUCUUUAAGUACCAAUUUAUAAGUUUGUGUUAACUUUCAUGUAAACACAAAGGUUAGGAAAACCCCUUCAUCAAAAAAAGUCCCUAAAAGUGUUUUUCUAUAGCCAUAUAAAAUGUUAGAAAGUAUGAUAAUAUAGACUGAUUAUUAUUGGGUGGUCAUUCUAACAACAACAAAAACACCAGUAACCUUCAGCUCUAGUACGUAAAAUUAAAUGUGAAGCAUCUAGCUAAUGGACCCCAUCGCCCACAACAUUUCUCUGCCAUCAGAGUUAACAAGGAAACCAUCGUUUGGGGUAGUCAGAUGUUGUGGGUCUUGUAAAACUGUUGGCAAAUUCACUCCUAUCAGAAAAGGUUAAGUUCAGCUCACUCCCCUCCCAUUCUUUCCCCCGAGAGAGAGGUUACAUAGUUUUGCAGCGGAAUAUGUAAUCUGAGUGUAAAAUUAGAAUUGACACCACCAUCUAUUUCUUGGAGAGAAGGGUAGCUUUAUUGCACCCUUGUCCUUAGUAAAACAAAUGUCAUAAUUUAAAAAAUAAAGAAAUUGUAUUUUUAUUUAUUUAUUUUUAGCAUUAAUUAUUUAUAUAGCGCCAACAAAUUCUGCAGUGCUGUACAGUGGGUGGACGAACAAACAUGUAGUUGUAACCAGACAAGUUGGACACACAGGAACAGAGGAGUUAAGGGCCCUGCUCAAUGAGCUUACAUGCUAGAGGGGGUGGGGUAAAGUGACAAAAAAGGUAAGGAUAGUAUUAUGUUAAUGUCAGUUGCAAGAGAGGGAUCAGUCGGUAGCUAUUAACUGUUUAAUUGAUACGCUUUUAUGAAGAAGUGGGUUUUUAAUGAUUUUUUUGAAGGAAUGGAGACUGGGUGAGCAUCUAACGGAGGAGGGAAGUGAGUUCCACAGGGUGCAGCCCUCAAGAAGUCUUGAAGGCGAGCAUCAGAGGUGGGAGUAUGGACAGAAGAUAGACAUAAGUCUUCAGCAGAACGUAAGGGCCUAGACAGGUCAUACUUGGGAAUUGGAGGAUAGAUAGGUGGGAGCAGCAUUAUGUAGAGAUUUGAAAGCAAGAACCAGAAUUUUAAAUUGAGCCCUAUAUCUUACAGGAAGCCAAUGUAGGGACUGACAGAAGGGUGAGGCGUGGGCGGUGCGGGCAGACAGGAAGAUGAGCAUCGUCGCCGCAUUCAUUAUGGACUGUAACGGUGCAAGUUGGAAGCACGUAAGAACACUGAGAAGCGGAUUACAGUAGUCAAGGCAAGAAAGGACAGUGAAAUGGACCAACACCUUAGUCGCAUCUGGGUCGGAUGUGCACAAUGUUUUUGAGGUGGAGGCAGAAGGAUUUGGCGAUAGACUGAACAUUAGGCGUGAAGGAGGUCAGAAUCGAAGAGAACACCUAGGCAGCGAGCCUACAUGGUGGAGCUGAUGUUAGCACUGUUGACUUGGAGGAAGGGAGACACAGGAGUAGCAACACUUGAGGGAGGAAAGACCAGAAUUUCAGUUUUGGUCCAGUUUAGUUUAAGGAAGUGGGCAGCCAUCCAGUUAGAAAUAGCAGAGAGGCAGUCAGAGACACUAGUCAAAAGGGACUGGGAGAGAUCAGGAGAGGCAGAUAGAUUUGCGUGUCAUCCGCAUAGAAAUGAUAUUGGAAGCCAAAGGAGCUAAUGAGUUUACUAAGGGAGGCAGUAUAGAUAGAGAACAGUAGGGGACCAAGGACUGAACCUUGGGGGACACCAACAGAAAGGAGUUGGGGAGAAGAAGCAGAGCCAAAGAAAGAAACACUGAAAGAGCACCAGGAUAGAGCAAUAUGCUGUAAACCGAAAGUUUCGCAUUUUAAAUAGUAAAUAAUAUAUUAGUUUUAAAGUUGUUUUUGGCAAAAACAGAAAUAAUAGGUCGUGCUACAACAAAUAAAUAUAAUAUAUUAGCAUACACUAAGAAACGUAGAGAAAAAGAAUGAAUAAUUAAUAGUCCAAAUACUUGGUGUACUUAUGAUAAAUUCCAAUGGAUAGAUGAAGAUCUCAGUACUUUAUGUCCAUCUCUUACUGUAUUCGGCAAAGGGGUAAUGUAUUCAAUGAAAAACAAGAUCUUCUAAUGCGAGCGUAGUCUUGACUCGAUGGUAACCAUGAAAAAUAAAGAAAACAGGGAAAAUCCAAUAGUGUAGAUUGUCUGUAGAUAACUGAGAGUAUGAAGAAUAAUAGGGAGGUAAUACACUCACCUAUUUCUGAGCAUAAACUCGCUCUAGUAUAUUAGGCAUUCAGUGGCGUUUGUCCCCCACUGGUAGGAUAUAGGUGAAGAUGAUUCCUCCGUAUAAGAAAAGGAAUAAAAAACACAAUAUAGUGCUCACUGGAUAUAAAUAAAAGUAAAUAAAAUGAGAGAAUAAAAAUACUCACAUUCAGAUGAGCAGAAUAGACUGCUCAGUAUAAUCGCACGGGUGGUACAAUCCCCACCCAGGAUUCUUGGCUGUAUGUAGACUCCAAGGUAAAAAGUAACCGGGUACCAGGAAAUUAAUAAAAUGAAAUAAAAAAAAAAAGGUAUAUGGCAAAAUUAUAAUAAAAGAGCCAAUAUUCCUUUAUUAAUACAGUAUAAAAUAUAAAUAAAAGCCAAAACGCAUUUCGCCACACAGGGCUUUAUCAACUGGCAAUAGUAAAAAACAGCCUGGUACAUAGAAUUUUUCAUUAUUUUCUUUAUUUUUCAUUAUUAUUUAUUUUUCAUGGUUACCAUCGAGUCAAGACUACGCUCGCAUUAGAAGAUCUUGUUUUUCAUUGAAUACAUUACCCCUUUGCCGAAUACAGUAAGAGAUGGACAUAAAGUACUGAGAUCUUCAUCUAUCCAUUGGAAUUUAUCAUAAGUACACCAAGUAUUUGGACUAUUAAUUAUUCAUUCUUUUUCUCUACGUUUCUUAGUGUAUGCUAAUAUAUUAUAUUUAUUUGUUGUAGCGCGACCUAUUAUUUCUGUUUUUGCCAUUUCUCUUUUGAGGAUUUUAGAGGGAACCUCAUACCUAUAGGUUGCAGCUAUCUACCUGUUUCUAGCCUUUUACUAUAUCACACAGCGCUGAUCCAUUUUCCAUUUAUUAAAGUUGUCUUUGUAAAAUUUUUUUUUCAUUUUUUUUUUUUUUGUGAAGUACAUGAAAUGGACUGGGCGGAAUGCCUUGCAACUGAAAGGCAAUGUUUCCCCUAUAGGGUUAACAUGUCUCUAGUGGCUUUCAGGAAAACAGGCACUAAAGUAAAAUUAAACCCUGUUCUUGCUCAAAUGACUUUCCUAGGAAGCAUUUGGUUGGUGCAGCCUAGCAUUUUGCCUUGCAUGUGCACUUGCCUCCCAAUGCGUUGGAUUGGCUGAGAUCAUUGAGAGUUAUGAUCUCAGCCAGGGAGGCAAGGCUGUAGCACAGAGACCAGUCCUCCCCAGAUUGCAAGGUAAAUAAAGCUUACCCUUUAAUCCCCUGCAAGGGGUUGGGGGAAGACACCUAUGCUAGGAAUUACAUAUUUGUUUUCCUUUAAGGAAAACUAGUGAGAAUGAUUAACACUAAAAACUUCUUACAUGGGAGCUAAUGUACGAAGAGAUAAAUGGCCCCCUUUUUUUUUAUUUUUUUUUUUUAAGAUCAGUGAAUGGAGAGCAGGGAAUGUAUGUUUAUAUAGCCAUUGGAAAACAUGAUUACCAUAGUGUGUGCUUGCCAAGUAAACAUGCUCUGUAGAAAUGGAGCUAAAGCUCAGCAAAUACUGUGGAAAUUAAUAUGAUUGCUGUCUGGAAUGGGCAAACACAAAUCUGCUUAGCAGGGCAAAUGUUUGCUGUAAACUGUUUUACCCUAUUGGCCUUUCUGGGAACGUGCUCAGCACUGUCAAAGCUGAUGUUCCAUGAUUUUAGUUUUUAUUUAACUACAUUUUUGUCUUUUAGUGAUUAUACUCCCUCUUGGCUCUUGCUUUUAUUUAUAUUUAUUAUCUUUCCUUCCUUGCGCUGAAUCUAAAUAUCUGGGGGUUGUUAUCCUCUCUCCGUGCAAUCUGAAGUGUGCCAUUCUGUGGGAUUCCUUUGACUGUGAAUUGUGGGUAAAUUAGUUUAGCAACUAAAGUAUCACUUUGUCUAAAGCUAAUAUUUAUGCAUAAUUUGCUAAAGUACUUUAUUAUCAAAAAAAACAUUACCAUCUGCUUUAAAGGAAGUUCUUAAACUGAAAUAAGUAAUGAGAAUAAAUGCCAAUUGGAAUUUCUGUAUUUGACAAUGCAAGAUAAUCCACUAUAUGAUAGAGCAGGAAUAGGCAACCUUUUAGCAGCACUGUGCCAAAAUAUGAUUGUGAUAUCCCGUAGCGUUGGUCCUAUUUUUUUUAAAUUGAGGUGUGUAUGUUGCCGUAUUCUGCUUGUUAUUUAUACUGCAGUUGCUUUGUAUAGUUGUAUUUGUGUGUAUAUGCAAAUGCUGAUGCCAAUCAUUGAUUAUGGGGAUGUAGUGUAUGCACCUGCACUGCAAACCCACCAUAAUAAACUCAACACAUUGUAUAAUUCGUUCUGCCGAUUUGUGCUACAAUGUAAUUACAGGACCCACCAUUGUGACAUGCUAAAAGAACUAAACUGGUUGUCGCUGGAAUCCAGGCGCACCCUUCAUCUUUCCAGCCUUGUGUUUAAGAGCUUUUCUGGGAAGCUCCCGCCCUACCUGAGCAGAAUGCUCUCCCUUGUUGUUCCCACCUCCUAUAACCUCAGAUCCAAUACCAGCACUUUAUUUAUUCUACCUCAAUACAAAAUAGGGAGGCCCGACCUUUUCCAGAGCACCAGCCACCAGGGAAACGCAUUAUCCCGCAUUACCCUUUAAAAUCUUCCCUAAGCCUAAAGUCCUUUAAGAGAUCUCUCUCUACAUACCUCAAAACAGAAGGCACGUGUCAUGGUUGAUUGUAUAUUUCCUACCUGUUCUAUGUUAAAUUUUGUAUAUAUUGUGAAUUAAUAUUGUAUUUGUAUUUAAUUGUACCGUAUUGUAUCAAUGCAAUGUUUUGUGGACCCAGGACAUACUUAAAAACGAGAGAAAUUACAAUGUAUCUUUCCUGGUAAAAUAUUUUAUAAAGAGGAAGGGGGGUGCGCCAGGGCAGCAGGAAGAGGAAAGCGGCGGUGCACGGAGGCACGCAAUGCAGUGCUGUCCACAUGCUCCGUCCUCACGGUGUCUUUAGAGCAGAAGCGCUGGUGAGUCUGGAGCGCGGAUCAUCAAUGAGUAGCAAGCAGGCAGAGGAGCAGGGUGAGUGCUUGCUAAUAUUGUUGGUUUUUGUUGUUGUUGUUGUUGUUUGAAAGUUUUUUUUUUUUUGUUUUUUUUUGUGUGUGCUAGGGUCUUGAGAGGAGGCAGGGAUUUUUUGUGAAUGUGUUUCUAGGGGGACAGGGGUCUUUGUAGACGGGGCAGGAGUUUUUUGUGAAUAGGGGGUGGGCAAAGAUCUUGUAGAGGGGGUGGGCAGGGGUCAUGUAGGGGAUGGCAGGGGUUUUUGUGAAUCAGAGGGCAUUUUUUGUGUAGAGGGGUGCAGGGGUUUUUGUAGAGAGGGGACUGGGCAGGGGUUUUUGUAGAGAGGGGACUGGGCAGGGGUUUUUGUAGAGAGGGGACUGGGCAGGGCUUGCAGAGAGGGGACUGGGCAGGCUUUGCAGAGAGGGGACUGGGCAGGGGUUUUGUAGAGAGGGAAUUGGGCAGGGGUUUUGCAGAGAGGGGACUGCAGGGCUUUUGCAGAGAGGGGACUGGCAGGGUUUUGCAGAGAGGGGACUGGGCAGGGUUUUGUAGAGAGGGGACUGGGCAGGGGCUCUGUGGAGCGGGGGUAGGCUGCGGUGUUGGGGUGGAACCGGGGCUGGUACAAGGGGACUGGGCAGGGCUUCUCGGUACAAGGGGACUGCAGGGGCUGGUACAAGGGGACUGCAGGGGCCAGCUGGGACUGGGCAGGGCUUGUGGGGGCUGGGCAGGGGCUUUGUACAAGGGGACUGGGCAGGGCUUCUGUACAAGGGGACUGGGCAGGGACGAAAAUGAAGGGGACUCAGUGCAGGCUUUGUAGAAGGGGGACUUAGCAGGGUUUUUUGUAGAAGGGGGACUUAGCAGGGUUUUUUGUAGAAGGGGGACUUAGCAGGGUUUUUUGUAGAAGGGGGACUGGACUUGGGGUUUUAUAUGAGGAGAGGUUUAUAAGGGGGACUGGGCAGGUAGUAGGCAAUAAAAAAAAUGUUAAAAAAAAGAUAGAUUUGAAAAAAAAAUUUAGUAGGUUUUUUUUUUUUUUUUUACAUUUGAAUUCGGGUGGGGGAAUGCCAAACUCAGGAUGCGCCACGGGUACCAAAAGCUAUAUGUACGCCCCUGAGCCCAUUACAUUCUGUGCUCCUCCUGCAUAGCUUCCUGGCUGCCUGUUAGUGAGCCAUCUGCCGGGAUAUGACGUCAUCCUGGCAUCACUACUGGGCGCACGAGGAACCGGUGCAUAAAGAGGUCCCAAGCUCCAGCCCAGCAGCAACCACUGGUCACCAGGCAGAGGAUCCACUCCAGCCCUCCGAGAGCAAGUUAGGGAGGCUGGGUAGACCUCUUAGUAUUAAAUGUGUGUGCAUGUGAUUUUUGUGUAUGUUUUGUCAGUGAUUGGCUGUGUGUGUGUGUGUGUGUGUGUGUGGGGAGGGGGUCUGUGGACAUGUCUGUGAUUGUGUGUGUGGUGUGGAUCUGUGAUUGUGUGUGUCGUGUGGAUCUGUGAUUGUGUGUGUGGUGUGGAUCUGUGAUUUUCUGUGUGUAUGUAUGUGAUUGUGUGGCCCAAGACAAUUCCUCUGGGCUCAAUGCGGCUCAGGGAAACCAAAAGGUUGGACACCCAUGCUCUAUGUGCUGCAAUGCAUAAAUUGAAGAUUGUUCUUCACCACCUUUUCGUAGUAGCAGAUAUAAGUUCCCUGGGACUCCUGAUAGUACAAAACAGAGUGCCGUGCAAAGACAUCUUGAGUGCCGACAUCUAGGUUGCCUACCCCUGUAAUAGAGCACAUUGUAACAUUUUGCAAUUUAAAGAGACGUUUCCAUAUUUUGACACAAUCUAUCAAGUCACUAAAGUUUGUAAUGUUUGCUUCUGUAGCUAUUGUUUGUUGACAAUUGUGGAAAAUUAUUUGAGGAAAUGCAAAUACAUCAUUUGACAAAUAUUUCAUAGGACGUAGGUGGACCAUUUUGCCACUAUGUAAUUAUGUUUUUUUUUAUUUUUUAUUCUUCUGUCUUCUUGCAGUGUGUUAUAUGAAGGCAAGGACCGUCUCAUGGCGGGUUGCGAGAUCAUUAAGGCCACCCCAUAUGGACGAUGUGCAAAUGUCAACAAUAGCUCUACCACUUCCUCACGAAUUUUCAUCACCUACCGACGAGCGAUUAAGAAACGUACACAAAAUUCUUUAGCUGUGACUGAUAUCUGUGUAAUCAUUACUAAUAAAGGGGAGACUCCACCCCACACCUUCUGUAAGGUGGACAGGAACCUCAACUGUGGCCUGGUGAGCAAGCUUUAAAGGGGCAGAAAUAUGCCCAUAAAAUUUACUUUUAAAUAACUUUUCUUUCUGUUUAAUUAUUAAUAUAAUUUUAUUUAUUUUUUUAAAUCUUACUAUUAUUACCAGAUAACCCAAAACAUGGGUUUAACAUUCUCAAAGUAAGGGAUAUUUGCUUAUUCAGGAAGACUAAGGCCUGAUAUACUUACCACUAUAACUUUCACUAUCCGUAGUGUUGACUUUGCCACUCUGCAGCUUUCUGCAAACAUUGCAUGUUCUUUUGCAAAAUUAGUUUCUGAAGCAACCACAUGUCCCAUCUGUAUAAAUGUACACUUGUUAACAAAUGAGCAAUCUUUUCCAUUUAACUUCCUUUUGUGCUUCAAAUUGCUUCUUCUUUUUUUUUUUUGCUCUGACCCUGCCAGCUACCAAAAAGGGCUUUUACUAUCUUGAGUUCUCUCCCAUCCAGGCACACAUUACUGGUUCUGAAUUUCGCUAAUACAGUUUCACUUAUUGUGCAUCCUUUUUAGAAAUAAAGUUGUGUUUAAUCUUUUCUUUCAUCUUGCUUCUCUUCUUUAUUUUUAUAGUGGGGAUCCAAUGUCUACUUGUGUUACAAGAAGACUGUUCCAGCUUCUAAUUCCAUUGCUUAUAAACCAGGUUAGUUGUUUGGUUUGUUUUCAUAAUCAUGUAACCACUCAGGGCUGGCCCGUCCAUAGCCAGCGGUGGAGGCACGGCUUUAGGCGGAACUCUGUCAGGGGCGGGCCGGCAGCUCUCUAAUUAGGCGAGUUAGGCGGCUGCCUAACUAAGUCAUCGCUGCCGCCCAACUCGCCAUAGGGCAGGAAGACUGUGUCAGGUCCUCGGUCCCUCACCGAGGACCCAAUACCUGGAGGGGACCCGGCGUCUUGCCCGGUUUGCUGCCGGGUGCGGGGCCCCUCCAGUCUGCCCUGAGAGGCAGAGAGCCAGCACAGUUUGCAGGUCCACUGUAUGUGAGCUGCAGACUGUGCAGUGUCUCGCGAUCUCUGGCCCGUCAGAACGUUCAGACUUCUGGAUAUCUCGAGACACUGCACAGUCUGCAGCUCACACCUGGCAGAGCUGCAGACUGUGCUGGCUCUCUGCUUCUCAGGGCAGAUUGGAGAGACAGCCCACCGGACCAUCAGGGAUCAAAGAUACUGGACCACCAGGGGAGAAAAAAAGCAAUUUUUUAACUUACAAUCCCCUCCCUCCCACUGUGUCAACCCCUCCCUCCCUCAGUCACUCUGCCACCCCCUCCUUUACUGUGUCACCCCCUCCCUCAGUCACUCUGCCACCCCCUUCCUUACUGUCACCCCCUUCCUCCCUCAGUCACUCUACCACCUGUCACCACCUACUUCCCUCAGUCACUCUGCCACCCCCUCCCUUACUUUGUCACCCACUCCCUCCCUCAGUCACUUUACCACCUGUCACCUCCUCCCUCCCUCUGCCACCCCCUAGCUCCAUCACUCUGCCACCUGUCAACCACUCCCUCAGUGUGUCACCCCUCCCUCCCGCAGUCACUCUGCCACCUGUCACACCCUCCCUUACGGUCACCCCCUCCCUUACGGUCACCCCCUCCCUCAAUCACUCUGCCGCCUGUCAUCCCCUCCCUCCUGCAUCCACUAUGCGCGCACACACUGCAUCCAUAUAUAUAUAUAUAUAUAUAUAUAUAUAUAUAUAUAUAUACACACACACACGCUCUGCAUCCACUAUACAGACACACAAUACAUUCACUACACACACUGCAUGCAAUCCACAGCCACUACACAAAUACACACUCUGCAUCCACUACACAGACACUGCAUUCACUACACAGACACUGCAUAACAUAAUGGAUGUGGGCGCUUUUUGCUUGGUGUAAGCAUUUCAUAGUUUGAUCCAGGCAGCACAAUGCCAUGGGCCGGCCCUGUACCCACCCACCCCCUACCUGCCCAGAAACGUUAUAAACAAUCAUUCCACAAUCACAGAAAGGAGCUGUAAAUCCACUUAACAGAGGGUUGUGAUCAUCAUGAGCCUAAAAAAGUAUGAAAACACAGGGGAGCAUGUAGGCAUGGUAGACAUUCAGCAGAAUUGACCUUACGUUAAAUCUUACUACACCAGCUUUACACCAACUUUAAUUUUAUGGCACUAGUGUUGGGACGUGAGGCGCGGUAUGUAAUUAUAUAUUUGUUUAAAAAAAAAAAAAAAUAUGCCAGUAUAAUAGUAUAUAAAAUGUCAUAAUGAAAUGUUAAUAAAGGUUCUCUUAAUCGAUCUAUAUUAAUUUUUUAAAGAAAUAUUUUAAAACAAGACCGUGAUGCCUUUAAAUUGCUUAAAUACAGUCCAUCUCCUCUGUGAAAUUUAUUUUACAUAUAUUGCACAUCUGUUUAAAUGUCACUAAUCCUUUGCUAGCUAAAAGGUGUAAUGCAAUUUUGACUAAAUGAGAAAGUUAAAUUGUAACUGUAUAAACUGUUAUCCCGGAUAGCGCAAACUUAUAGAUGGCCAUUAAUCCUAAACCUUAGUCCAAUCUCACUGCCACAAUGAGGUCUGUUGAAAAAAUGGUAGAGACCUCUUUCUCUCAAUUGAGUUUUCAGUUUGAUUGACUUAACCUUAGGGGAACUUUAUCAGGCAAGCUGAGCCAAAUAGAAGUGACUGGAAUUUGAAGUUAAGUGAAAAAUAAGGCUUUGUUAAAUUUCUAUCCCCAACAAUAAAGAUUUGGAGUGGUUUAGGGACAUUGGUAGAGAGUAAUACAUGGGAAGACAAAAAUAAAUAUUGAUAGUAUACGGUAAGUGUAGAUUAAUUAAAUAAAUGCAUGAAUGUAGAAAAUGGGCCACUAGUUAUCUCCUGUCUUGGUAAAUAGGAUCUAAAAUAAUGCACGAAACUUGAUUCUUGGACAUAAUUGUUUAGUUAAAAUGUCAAACAGUAUUUGCUACAAUGUUAUCCAUCUGGCUAAAUAUUGUGAUUUAGCACCGGUGGUGGCAUCCUUUACUGUCUCUUUUAUAAGUAGCUGUGUGUCAGAGCUCCAUAAGAAAUAAAUGUGCAGAAAGUGAUUUAUGUUAUUUGAAUUCAAAUUCUGUGCGAAGCCCUAGUUAUUUCAUUACCAUGUCAAUUCCAAUGAGUACAGUCUAUUUAGAGGGACUUUCUAUGUUUUUGACAAGAGCUUUUAGGAUAUCAUCAUGUUAAAUGAUAUAGCCAUUUAUAUUUGGACUUCCUCUUCUAGGUCUGAUCUUCAGGUACCCAGAGGAAGAUUAUAAGUCAUUCCCACUUUCUGAAUCUGUGCCUCUCUUUUGCUUGCCAAUGGGGGCUACUAUAGAAUGCUGGGAUCCCCAAAACAAACAACCUCUUCCAGUUUUCUCCACUUUCGUCCUUACAGCCUCCACAGCUGAGAAGGUAAGCUGCCUGCACAUAAUAUUGUAAUAUUGAGGUUUAUGCAAUUCAAAGAAAAUGUACUUGUAUUAAAUUACUUUGUAUGGAAGGAAGACUGUGCAUACUAUAGUAACCAGUAUUGAUGUAUAUCUAUAGUAAUGGGGAUACAUAUUAAAACGUCUUUCUCACUUUGGGUAGAUCACUGAUUUCUGCCUGUUGUCUUUAUAAAUAUAUUUAGAGCUUUAGCAAAUUACAUUACAGUCCAGGUAUGACCAGGGCAUGCACUGUGUGAAAGGAGAAAUAGAAAGUUUUUUUUCUCUCUACACUUUCUCUAUGCGGACUGCCAGGUACAAAAGACGUAUCUUAGAAUGAUUGACCGGGAAUUAAGAUGGAGACAUGCGUGAUAAAUAGAUGUUGAGUUCAACAAUUAAUUUUUACACCUUACAAAUAGGUUUGUUAAAUAUAGGGGAUGAGUACUGGCCCCUGGAGAAGCUGUUUUCAACAAUGGAAAACCAAGAUUGAGCAAUUGGUUUCAAAUUAAAAGUUUUGGUGCAUCUUUUAAAUCUGUUCUCAAAAUCAGUGUUCAGAAAUAUACAUCUUUCUUCCUAGACAUUCUGUGGUGUUUGGAACGGCAUGUAUUUGAAAUGAGUCAUAAAACAAAAUUUCUACACAAUACAAUUAGUGCUCAAUGUUUAAUCAUUUUAAAAGUUAUUGCAGUUUAUGCAAACAAUUUAAAAAUAAAUAAAUAAAAAAAGUUAUAGAUUUAAAAAAACAAACAAAAGCUGCCUCACAGGAAGUUGUUUUAAACCGUUUUGUAAUUCUGCUAAUCAUUAUCAACAUUUUUUAGCUGUACGUUUCUAGGCGAUGCAGUUACCAUUUUAGGUUGAGUUAAUUGUUUUUGUACUAGUACAGAAAAUCCUGUGUCCUCUAAUUUUAAACUACUGUAGUUUUGGGACUAAAUGAGCGUGGCAUGAUGCAUGGAACUGUUUAUGUAUGGGCUGUUUUGUUUUUUUGUAUUUUGCAAUAUAAGAUGCUAUGUACAUGUUCAAGCAGAGAAUGACUUUGAGCUACUUUCAAUAUUCAAACACAUUACAGCAGACGUGAUAUGUAUGGGGUAGUAUUGUAUAUUUAGCUUGAAUUCUGAACUUUAGUUAAGCUUUAUCUUAGAAUCUUUUUUGACAUUUUUUUUUAAUUGUUUGUUUUAUUUUCUGAGCUUUUGUAAGUUUAAAUGAUCUGGAAAGCAGAAUUAAUUUAUAAAAUGAUUGUUUUUCUUUUAUGAACUCCAAAGGGACACGAAGCACCAUAACUACCUGUAGUGGUUAUGGUGCCAGGAGCCCCAAUGCACCCAUUCACUGUAAGGAGUCAAAUAAUGUUGGAGUGUUUUGGCAGUUAUGUGGUUUCCCAGAUAGUCGGGAAGACUGCACCCCCUAUGUUACACUUAUGGACUCAUGCCACUGUAACAUUGCAGAAGGCUGUAAUGGUCAUAGUGCUUAAAGUCCCUUUUUGCUGAAUGGCAAAGAUUAAAAUGACAAUUCUGUAUUAUUUUCUUUUUAAAAAUAUUUGGUAAUUCCACUGUUAUGUAUAGCACACUGGAAACUCUUCACUUUCCUCUGGCUAGUGCAUUUCUGCGCAUGACAUGCAAAUGAAUGUACUUUAUUGAUCAUGUGCUAUGCAAAUGAAUGCCCCUAUGACAGAAUUAUUAUGCUCAGUUGCAGAAGAGAAGCUACUCCAGAAUACUAUUCCAAAAAAUUAAGAAAAGAUCCCAUGAAGUCACACUAGGGGUCCCACGAGAUCAUACCUUGAUAUUAACCUAGCACUUAGAGAAACUAUAUGGGGAGGGAGCAGCUGUGUCAGACAGGUGGCUAAAUAUACAUUUUCCAGAUAUAUCCUACCUCACUUAACGCUCUAUAGAAGUUUUCGCAACUCGCAAUAAAUGUUAUUUCUUAUUAAAGGUUUACGGUGCUGCUAUUCAAUUCUAUGAGCCGUACCCUCGUGAAAUGUUGUCUGAAAAACAAAUGAUGCAAUUGGGGCUGAUAUCUGCUGUAGAGAAAAAAGUACUGACCUCCAAGGCCAUCAAUACCAACAAAUGCAUCUGCCUGCUCUCUCACUGGCCUUUCUUUGAGACCUUCCGCAAAUUCCUGGUGUUCAUCUACAAGCUGUCCGUGUCCGGUCCAAAUACACUUCCCAUUGAGAAGUAAGUAGGAAGAACAGUGUUUCUAAUAUUGUAUAUAGUGUACCACGUAAGCAGUGUUCAGUGGACUGUUUGCUUACACCAUUUAAUACAUGUUGCAUUUGUUCUUGUGUGUAAUUAUAAGUAAGCUGAUGAUCUGCUCGUGAUGGCAGUCCCUAUAUAGCUUUUCAGUACGUUAGGAUAGAUAAAUAUAUAAGUUUUUUCAGGAUUUUGCUAAGUAAAUAUCUUUUGACAAAUAGAUGUUAUAAAGAGGAAUACUUGACAGCUUGAGGGCCAGACUCGACAUUAGUUGUCAUGUUCUGUGAAAAAAAUGCUUAUGAUUCAUCCAAGGUUGCAAUCCUAUAAUAGCAUAAACAUUAUUUAAAGAAACACUAACAAUGUUAAGGUCAACAUUAGGCCAGCAGUUAUCUGCAUGCUUGUUUUCUUUUUAUAGCAGUUGUAAAACUUUAAAUAUGUCUCUGACUUUUCCACCCACAAAAUACAUUGCAUUUUUCAAACUUGAGAUAAUUAAUGAAACAAAACAAUUUUUUGACCGACCUUGGAUUCUGUAGCAGGCAGUGCCAUAGUAUCUGAUUUGGCUAAAUUAACUUUGAGUCCUUUCACGGUUACUGUUUAAAAACUAAUUUGUACUUUAUGUGAAAUGUUUCUACUUUACAUUUUAAGUUUAGUGUGGUCCUUUGGAUAGCUAUGACAAUCCCUUGUAUGUUAUAUAAUAAGUUUUCUACCAGUAAUUACAUUUUCUUAAAACACAGGCCAAAACAAAAAUAAUAUAUUAAUAUUAUUUAAAGUUCGAAGUGGGUGUUUCAAAUAUUGUAGACAUGUUGAUACAGUAGAUUCACCCAGAUCAGAUGGGUGCACCGUCCCUGUCCCGUUUGUAAUUUAAUUUUUUUUUUUUUAACACAAUAUUUACAUUGCAAGGUUAAGUCCACCUCUAUUGGGGAUUCCACUGCACUGACCCAGUUUUACGAGGUUACGUGAUGCAGAAGCUCUCACAGAAAAGCAUUAUUUGAAUGCUUUCCUGUGGGGAAGCUUGAAUGCAUGCACAUUAGUUCCCCAAUACUUCUCUAUCAGGGAGGUGGAGAGGUCAGUGGGGUUGAGCAAGCUUUGGCGCUGGACAAAGGUAGCAUAACACAUAAGUGUGGCAAUCACAGCAAUCUACGAUAUUCUAGAGAAGCAUUGAAUAUAUAUAAAUGGUCUGCAUACUUUGCAUGCUGAUGCUGGGUGUCAAAUAGAUUCAGUAGUUGAAUUUAUUUUGUGAAGCCACUAGUGGCUGUCUAAUGGCAUACAUUUAGAAUUUAUCAACUAGAACGCAGUUUUAUUAGAGUGCUGGUCAUAAGCGCAUGAGCACACAGCUGUAUUAUUUGUUAUAUAUAAUUUUAAGACUACCAUUUUAUAAAAUGAAAAAUAUUGAACUUAAAUGACAAUUUAAAACCAUGUUAUGUUGGCUCACCCAGGGCCGAUUAUGGGCAGGUGCCAGAAGGUGGUGGGCACCACGGGAGGGCAAGCUAAUGGUCUUCCACAGGGAUCCCAGGAGGUUGCUGACUUGUUAAGUAAGGCAGAUUAAUCACCUGCUUAUUUCGACAGCAGGUGCCUGCUCUGCUGAAAUAUACUGGGGAUCUAGGAGCCAGGUGGCGUUGAGGGAGCGCUGAUCUUGCAGUUACUCAUUGCUCCCUUGCACUCCCUCUGUGGUGAUGCUGGGAGCAGAGAUAUGACAUCUCUCCGACCAGCAUCACUAAACAGUGCGUGAGGGAGCAGUGAGUAACUGAAGAGCCACUGGACCCCAGGGAGCGGACCUACAUAAGGUCUCCCAAAGGUAGGGAGGCUAGAUGGACCUAAAAAAAAUAUUUUUUAAAUGAAACAAAAAAUAAAAUUAAUCUGUGAGUGUUUCUAUCAGUGUGUGUUUCAAAUCAGUAAGAUUGUGUGACAUUGAGUGUGUCAGUGUUGAUGCCAGUGAGGGUGUUUCUGCCAGUGAGAUUGUGUGUCUUUCAGUGAGUGUAUGGCUGUUAGUGUGUGACUGUCAGUGAGAGUGUCUGAUUACAAAAAAGGGUGGGGCUUAUAGGUGGAGUAAUUGCCAUAGAAACAUGCAUUUGUAGACUUGACAUUUGCAAAGGGGAGGGGUGAAUAAGAUAAAGCAUUGAUUCAAUUCUUUCCCAUGGCGAGGUCUAAUGCAUGCGCAUUAGCGCCCACUUGUCAGAGGAAGCAGAGUUGCCACCCAGCUCCGAGAGACAUCGGCACUGGGCUAAGAUCAGUAAAUAAAGGGUUUUUAACCCUUGAUUAACGUCGACUAGGGAGGGGAGAGGCAAAGGGAGCUAUAGUGCCAGGACUAGAGCUUUGUAUUCCUGGCACUGAUAUUAUCCCUUUAAUAAUCUGUUGUUUGAAACCUUCUCUCUUACUAUAAACAGUUUAUGGUUAAAGUUCAGCUUUUGUAACAUUUUUGGAAUUUUCACUCCUUCAAACCCCACUAAUGACUUUUCACAUUUUUAUCACAUACGGUUUCUUGGUUUUAAUGACAGCCUUUACUUGGCAUUACUGAGUGUCAGACAGACGGUUUGUGCACUUUCACUGUGGAAUCUGAAUAAAAUUCCCAGGAAUGUCUGGUUUUACGUUAUUUUAUGAUUUGUUUAUAUGUGGAAUAGUCAGUGAUCAAAUAUCGUAAUAGAAAACUAUGCUUACCUUUUCUGCAUAUACUUAUCUGACAAAGUCUGUAUACUCUGUCACAAGAUGUGUAGGAGGGGUGAUUGCCACAUUUAGGUUUCAAUUGGUUAAAAAUACUGUUUUAUAUGUGGAAUACAUAUUUUAGUAUUCUAGAACACUGGAAAAACUCUAAGCAUUAUAACCACUACAACUUGCUGCAGUGGAAAGGUUGCCUAGAGUGAUCUCACUAUGUCCUCUAGUCGAAUAUCAAACAGUUUACAAAUAAUUUGAACUAAACUAGGGUUCUGCACCGCACAAGCGGGAUGCCUCAUCUUGGCCCUUUGAUACACUUCUGCGUUAUUAAUGACAAUUUCGUCCAUCCUGGAAGACAGGAUGUCUAAGAAUGCUGAGGGCAGGUUAGCCCAGAUUUCCAGCCAAUCUGUGUUUCCCAGGUUGGACUGUAGUGGUUAUGUUGAUGGCCUGUUAAAGGGGCACUAAACUCAUCAUAACAUGUUCCUUGCAUGGGUUAUACUGCAAUAAGUUUACCAGCUUGGAUGCAGACAGUACAAGUCCUCACCUUAAUUUAGCUGCUUUUAUUAGCUUGUACCAUAUAUGUCGUCUCAUGAGUUACUUGGCAUUAGUAGUAAAUACAGAAACGUCAAAAGUAAGGCAUUUUAUAGAGAGAUUGUUUUCUUAAAAGAGAAACAGCAUUUUUUUUUUUUGUAAAACAAUUAUUUGUAUGUUGAUUCAUUAAAGUCAUAUUAUGGAAAUACACAUAGUUCAUUUCCUUUUGUUUAUUUAUUUAUCUUUGCAGAUACAUAUCACACUUCAUGCACAAUGUGCCUUUCCCAUCUCCCCAGAGGCCAAGAAUCCAGGUUCAGGUAAAUAACCUUUAUUUUCUUCUGUGUAGUACAGUAUGUAGCUUGUGUCCUCUGAAGCCAUUCAAAUUAGAAGUGUGUCAGUAGGACUCUCAUACUUUUCUAUGCCACACUACAUGCUAUUAUUUCCUUUUCUUAUUGUCACCGCAGUGUAGAAAGUGUUGGCAUCAUAUACAUAAAUAGACCAGAAUAAUGUAUUGUACAGAUGUCCCUAAUCUGCUGUUCAUUCUUACUUCAAGUUUUUUUGUUUUUUUCCGCAGUAGAAACAGAUUCGUAAUAACCUUUUAAAUAUUUAACUCACCGAUGAUUGGUCACUUCAAAAACUGUACAGGGGAAAAAAUGCUGCUUCUACAAAUGUAUCCAGCUACAGAGUUAGUUAAGAAUUGUCUGGAAUUCAAAUUUCAAACUUAAAGGAACGCUAUCGGGUCAGGAACACAAACAUGUAUUCACGACUCUAUAGUGUUAAAACCACCAACUAGCCCCCCUGCAACCCUCAUGCCUUCAUAAAUAUAGCAAAAUCUUACUUGUAUUCUAACCUGAAGCUAUACCUCUGCAUGCUGUUUGCCUCAGAAAAACAAGCAGUCUGCUGACAUCAUCAGAAACAGUAGCCUGAUCCAAUCACAAUGCUUCAUCAUAGGAUUGACUGAGACUGACAAAGAGGCAGAUCAGGGGCAGAGCCAGCAUGAUUCAAACACGGCCCUGGCCAAUCAGCAUCUCCUCAUAGAGAUGAAUUGAAUCAAUGAAUCUCUAUGAGGAAAGUUCAGUGUCUGCAUGCAGAGGGAGGAGACACUGAAUGUUUGGAUGCAUUUUAGGCAGCCAUGACCCAGGAAGGAUCUCUAACAGCCAUCUAAGGAGUGGCCAGUGAAGCUAUCACUAGGCUGCAAUGUAAACACUGCAUUUUCUCUGAAAAGAAAGUGUUUACAGCAAAAAGCCUGAAGGUAAUGAUUCUACUCACCAGAACAAAUUCAAUAAGCUGCAGUUGUUCUGGUGUCUAUAGUGUCCCUUUAAGGUCAAGUAGCCAAACUGGAUGCAGACUUUUCAAAUUCACUUUGAAGUGCAGACAGUUCUCACUUUAGUAAAUAAAACUAUUAGUAUUUGAAGACAUUGUAGGUGGGUGUGGUUUCAGCUACAAGGUGGAACAUAACUAUUGACCUUCUCAUUGCUGCUUUCUAUCAUUUUACUGUGUUAUCGCAGGACAAAUGAAGUUUUCUUACUUUCGUGUUUUUUUGGGGUUUUUUUUUUUUUGCUUCUUUCUUUUUUUUCAUUCUUUUGUUCUUCCCUUUUUUUGUUCUUCCUUUUUUUUGUUCUUUUUUUUUGUUCUUUCUCCUUUUUCAUUUUCUUUUUUUCUUUCUUUCGCUUUCUUUCUCUUUUUCUUUUUCGUUUUGUUCUUUCAUUCUUUCUUUCUCGUUCUUUAUUUCUCUCUCCUUACACUAGGUAACAUCAAAAGGAACACUGCAAGCACUAUAACCACUACAAAUUUAUAUAGUGGUUAUGGUACAAAGUGUGCCCUGGCACUGACCUGUCGUAAGGAGCCAAAACUAACCGUUUGACUUCUUGGUGGGAUUCGCCAGGUACUGCUCUCCACCUCUACUACUUCCUAUGCAGAGACUAAGCAGGAGCUACCAUUAGCAAAGUGGGGCUAGCUUACUGGCUGUCCGUGAGCUAAGAUCUGCACUGGAGAACUUCAGGUUCUUCAUAAGUAGUGGAAGCAGGAAUCGGGGGCCCCAGGUAAGAAGUCAAAGCUUUCUAAAACAGUUUCCACACAUUACAGCAAAGGGGCCCAAGGGAUACUCCUGUCAUCAUAACCACUACUGUGCACUGUAGUGGUUAUGAUGCUUAGAGGGUUCCUUUAAGUUAUGAAGUCAACUUUUUCAUAUUUUGUGAAUCAUCAUAUUUUCAGGAAUAACAAAGAAGGGAGCACAGGUAAGAGUGAAUGAUUAUGUAAACAUAGCACAGAAACAUAAAGAGCAAUGUAACAACAGUGAGAUUUAAAAUCCGCUACACCUGGUAAACCUUAUAUACCAAGAGAGAACAAUUUGGUUAGUUUUACCAUUAUCUGGACCGUUAUCUGUUAAUUUUGUAAUAAAUAAUUUGUAUUUGUGGUGAUUCCAUGAGGCCUACUCUGCUUGAUGUUCUCUAUCCUAGGUGCUAGAGAUGAUGAAUGACAGAUUUUUUUUAAAAAAAUUUCAUUUUUUAAUUUAUUUUUUAGUCCUGUGAGUGCAGUAUUUUUAUGACUGUAACCUUCCUUUGUGUAUGCAUUAACAGGAAUCUGCAGACAUUGUGUAGUGAGUGUACACGUGGGUUUGGCAGAGGAUUAAUCGCUUCCAUGUCAUAUGGGUCUUUGUGUACAGCUUGUUAUUUAAUCCUUUGCUCUUUUCAUCUCUCUCUGCAGCUGUCUGCACAUGACACCUUGAUGGUUUCACAACCCGUGGCAACCCCUUUGCCUUUGAGGUAGUUCUUCAUUCUUUAAUGUUUACCAUCUUUUUUUUUUUUGCUGUAGCAAAAUGUUAAUUUAAACUUGUAAUUUGUAUUAAGAACAUUAUUGACUUUAAAUAUUUCAGUAAUACUAUUCCUCGUAGCUGUAUGAUUCAAUUGUGGACUGAAGUUCUUUAAGUGAGCCAGGAAAACUCCUUUGGUCCCAAGAGGGAUUACCUAUAUUUUUGAACUUGUGGUUCCCAUAUAUAUGACCAUACAUUAAAAAAUAAAAUGAAAUUAAGUCAUUCUUUUUAGUGUUGUUAACAUGUGUGUCUUGUCUCUGUGAUGAAUAUAAUUUCUCCAGCAACUGUAAAUAAGUGUUCACUCAAAUAGUAAUUUGGGCAUAAAUGGUGGUCUGUAGCUGUUGAUGUGGUAGUCAGGAUUUAAAAUUGUGACUACCAAAAUAUCAAGUCACAAGGUACCUGACUUAACUCAACAUUGGUAUUAACUAGAAGUUAAAACUAUCCUGAUUGGAGUAAAAAAAAUAAACUCUUCUUUUUCAAUUCAUACAAUAAAAAAAGAAUACAAAAAGUUACUUGUGCACUAUCACAAAUCUCUAUGCAUAUUUAAAUAACUGGAUGGUUUUUAGUAUCACUUCAAUGCCUAUUUAAAGGGAUCCUAUGGUGCCAGGAAAACAAUGUCAUUUUCCUGGCACUAUAGGGUUUACAGGUACCCUUCCCUCGCGCCCCAUCUCCCGCGGGGCUGAAGGGGUAAAAACUCCUUCAGCCUCUUACCUGAAUCCAGCACCGAUGUCACUCGGCGCUGGGUCAGGUUCCACCCACGCUCCUCCCCCACCGCGUAUUAGACCUCCCCAUAGGAGAGCAUUAUUCAAUGCUUUCCUAUGGGGAAAAUCUGACGCUGGAGGUCUGUGAGGACAUCCAGCGUCCGAUAACGGACCAAAAGUCCGCUUGGAUUCUGGAAGCCCUCCAGUGGCUGUCUGGUAGACAGCCACAGAGGGCAGACUUAGAGCAGCAAUGUUUUACAUUGAAGCACUAAGUGCAAAAGAGACACUGCACCCAGGCCACUUAAAUGAGCUGAGGUGGUCUGGGUGCCUACAGUGUCCCUUAAGUUUAAGCUCACUUGACAUGUCAAAGGGUGGAUGCCAGUAUCUAAGGGUUUAGAAAAAUACCUCCCUUUGUCUCAUUAGAGAUUUUACCUUUUGUCUGUAGACAGCAACGGGAACUAUUAGUGUAGGACUUACCUGAGAGGUUUCCCUUGACGUUGCAGGUGAGCUUAUACCUGAAUGGCCAUUUGAGUUAUACUAAAAACUUUCAGUUUUUAAAUGUGCAUAGGAUUUGGGAUAGUAUACAAGAGGCUUUUUUUUUUUUUUUUGUGUGUGUGUAUGUAUUGUGGCUGAUAGUCAUUGCUUCUGCCCAGGAGUAGUGGGAGUUUGAAAACAGGGCUUAAUUUUGCAUGUUUUUUUUUUUCUUUUCAAUGUAUGUAGUAAAGUUAUGCAAUGGUUAGUAAUGGGUGACAGAUUUCUGUAUGUUGGCCUGGUCUGUUUGCUGUUUUAAACGAUUUACAAUAGAUGGUGUUAAUAAAGUUGCUAUUGUAUGUCUGUAUUGUUCCUGGUUAUUAAUACAGAAUUCAUUUUUUUUUUGUCUCUGUUUUCCCCCUUUUUUAGUGGUGCAGAUUUUAGCACAUUGCUUUUGAGUCUGGGACCUGAAAACUGUGCGACUUUGUUGCUGUUUGUCCUCAUUGAGAGCAAGAUUCUGCUGCAUUCCCUGAGACCUGCUGUGCUGACUGGAGUAGCAGAAGCCGUUGUUGCUGUAAGGAUAAAACGUACAUCGUCCUUAGCUGCUUGUAUAUACUCACAUUUUUUUGCAUGCAAUUAUAGGGCCUUGGCACAAUUCAUACUUUUGCAUUCCUUUGUUCUUUGUGCUUUGAUUACACCCUGCGGCCGAGCUUGUAAACAUGUAAAGUGCCUGCGCUUUUGUUAAGUUGUAAGAUAGCACUAUUAAUCCUUUUAUGAUGCACAUUUGCAUUUCACCGGUUAGCUAAAUAUGUCCCAGAAAAAUCUUGCCUUUAAAGCGGCACUGUCAUGCCGAAUCCUGUUUUUUUAACCCCCUUCCUGCCUCCUCUACAUCUAACUGACACCCUAGUCACCCCCAAAUGCCCCUAAGCCCCCCACAUUACCUAUUUUGUAUUCCUCAUUUUCUGCCCCGAUCUUGAUUCAGGGCGCAGCCAUCUUUGUGUGGGUAGAUGAAGUCCCUGUGGGACACAUCAUCUGCCCACACUAGAUGGACUGUGAGAUUCCCGCACAUGCCCAGUGAAACACCUGGACAUGCGAACGGGAAUUUCAUCUAUUCAUUCAUUCAUCAGACAGACAAAUGAGUGAAUAGAAAUAUCAGCCGAACAAACAAACACUGUGUAUCAGUGUUCGUUUGUUCGCUCAGUUUAUUACAAGGAGGGAGCUACCGGCACGCAGCUCCCUGCUUGUAAUAUGUAACUAUAGAAGCGGCAGGCCCCUCCUCACUCUAUGGGGGUCAAUAUGACCCCCAUAAUAUUAUAAGGGAGAUUAAAAUCUCCCACAUGCCCCUACUCGCUAAACCGCGAGUAGGGGCAUGUAUGGUAAACAGUGAACAGCCUGUGGCUGCUCACUGUAAAAAAACAAAAAAUAAACUAUUGGCCCCCACCCUAAACGACGGGUGGGGGCCCUAAAAUAAAAUAAAGGGGGAGACCUAUUGUCGUCAUCCCGUCCCCCCCCACCACCCCUGGGUGGCGGGGGGGGGGCCAUAAUGAUAAUGAGGGGGGGGACCUACCGUCCAGGGGUGGGGGCCAGAGGGGGGUGAACAGUAGGUCCCUCCCUCAUUAUCAUGUGGCCCCCACCCGCCGCCCAGGGGCGGGGGGGGAGGACAGUAGGUCCCCCCCUCAUUAUCUUUAUGGCCCCCACCCGCCGCCCAGAGGUGGGGGCCAGAGGGGGGGUGGACAGUAGGUGCCCCACUCAUUAUCAUUAUGGCCCCCACCCGCCGCCAUGGGGGAAGGACAGUAGGUCCCCCCCUCAUUAUCAUAAAGGCCCCCACCCGCCACUCAGGGGUGGGGGCCGGUGGGGGAGGACAUUAGGUCUCCCCCCUUAUUUUACUUUAGGGCCCCUAUCCGUCGUUUAGGGGUGGGGGCCAAUAGUUUUUUUUGCUCACUGUUUACCAGACAUGCCCCUACUCGCGGUAUAGCGAGUAGGGGCAUAUUAUUUACUAAUACUAAGUAACCUUUACUUAGUAUUAGUAAAGUUGGCUGAAAGACCAAUUUAGGUCUUUCAUCCUUUUAGUAGAUAGCUCCCUGAUACCGUGGGAAUUAGGGAGUUAUCUACUAAGCGGCUGCAAGAUGCAGCUGCGGCAAUGAAUAGGAUCGGAGUUUCAUUCAUUCGAAUGAAAUUGCGAUCCGAACAAAAUGCCGAAUUGAGUUCUAUUGUUCUCAUUCAGUUAGAACGCAAUCCGGCAGUUUAGUGUAAAGUGACAGGAAGCAUCGCGGGAACACAGAGGAAAAGGAAGGAUCAUGGGAAAAUUGCUCUGACCAGCGGAAAUGAAGCACACUUUGCUCCUCCGCUGGUCAGAGCUGGUCAAGCGGAGGAAUCCUCCAUAAGGCAAAGAGUCCCUACUUUGUCUUAUGAUUUUAAAGAAAACUAAAGAAGACGGGAAGAAAAGAAGAACAGAUCCUGAGAGAGGGGGAGAAGAGGAAGAGAUUGAGGAAAGGUAAGUUCGGCAUGACAGUGCCGCUUUAAAUAUGCUGUGCUACUUUUUCUAUGUCUAAAAAUACUUGUUGUGAUAUAAAUAUGCAUAAUUAAAGGGGAAUGGUCGCUAUUCUGAAAAUGACUCCAUUGAUGCUCCAUUUUCUAUUAACUUUUUAUUGUUUUAAAGAUUUGGCAAAUUACAUCAUCUCUUUAAUCAUUUAUUGCUCAAGGCCCUUCAUGCAUUUAAGGAAUGCUCUAAUGUAAAAAAUAAACAUUGAAAAUUACCUAUAACAUUUAAUGUUUUUCAUGAGCUGCUUGGUUUAUUUUGUAUAUUAUAUUAGAGAUUUAAAUAAUUACUUAAUGAUCCAGUUCAGACAAUGCAAAAUCAGGGCACACAUAGCAAAUGAAUAGAAUAAAUAUACACAUUGUUUCAUUUAAUCCUUUUAUUGGUUAUGAUUUCUUUGUUCUGACUGCCAGGUGCAAGGGGCAGAACUUAUAGCGCUAAUUCAUGGGUAGCCAAGAUAGAGGUGCACGUUAGCAGAUGAAGAGUUGUAGAUUUCAACACUUGAUUUUAUACAUAUUUGUUGAAUAUUGCAUAAAUAAUAUAUUAGAAUUCUUGGAGGUAACAGCUCUUAUUUAACUGUAUAUUCAAUAUAAUAUUUAAUAGAAGUUUGGUAAUGACUACCAAGCAAUCAUGUAAGAAUUCUAAAAGCCAUCCCAACAAUGGUCCAGGUCACUGCACAUUUGAUGCUAUUAUUAUUUAAUUUAUAUAACACCAAUAAAUUCCGUAGCGCUUUACAAUGGGUGGACUAAUAAACAUGUAAUUGUAAUCAGACAAGUUGGACACACAGGAACAGACGGGUUGAGGGCCCUGCUCAAUGAGCUUACAUGCUAGAGAGAGUGGUGUAAAAUGACACAAAAAGGUAAGGGAAGUAUUAGGGAAGUAGAAUAGUACUCAAUGAAGACAUAGUGUGUUUUGGGGUUUUUUUUGGAGCCAUUAACCGUUUAAUUGAUACGCUUUUGUGAAAAAGUGAGUUUUUAAUGAUUUUUGAAGGAGUGGAGACUGGGUGAGCAUCUAACGGAGAAGGGAAGGGAGUUCCACAGGAGUGGUGCAGCCCUAAAGAAAUCUUGAAGGCGAGCAUCAGAGGUGGGAGUACGAACAGGAUAGACGCAGGGGCCUAGACGUGACAUACUUGUGUAUUAGGGAGGAUUAAUAGGUGGGAGUAGCAUUAUGUAGCAAUUUUGAAAGCAAGAACCAGAAUUUUAUAUUGAGCCCUAUAUCUUACAGGAAGCCAAUGCAGGGACUAACAGCGGGGUGAAGCAUACUAGGUGUGGGCGGACAGGAAGAUAAGCCUCACCGCCGCAUUCAUUAUAGACUGCAGUGCGGCAAGUUGGGAGCACGUAAGACCACAGAGAAGCGGAUUGUAGUAGUCAAGGCAAGAAAGGACAGUGGCAUGGACCAGCACCCUAGCCGCAUCUGGCGUUAAGUGCAUGCAAUGUUUUUAAGAUGGAAGCAAGAUUUGGCGAUUGACUGGACAUGAGGGGUGAAGGAGAGAUCUGAGUCAAAGAGAACACCUAGGCAGCAAGCCUGCAUGGUGGAGCUGAUGGUAGCACCAUUAACAUGGAGGGAGACAGAGACGGGAGUAGCAACACUUAAAGGGGGGGGUGCGUAGGGGAGGGAGACCAGAAGUUCUGUUUUGGACAAGUUGAGUUUAAGGAAGUGGGUGGCAGAGAGGCAGUCAGAGACACUAGUCAAAAGGGGCUGGGAGAGAUCAGGGGAGGACAGAUAGAUUUGCGUGUCAUCUGCGUAGAAGUGAUAUUGGAAACCAAAGGAGUUGAUGAGUUUACCAAGGGAGGCCGUAUAAAUCAAGAACAGUAGGGGACCAAGCUAUCAAUAUAUAUUUAAGUAUUUCCGUCAUAAAUGACAUUUUCAAAUAUAUUGAUUACUCAGUCUGUUUUAUUGAUCCAUUAGGCUGUCUCUGCCAUAAUUGAAGAGCAAUUUGUAGUGGUUAUGAUGCUAGAAGUAUCCUGACCCCAGAUUGCAAAUCUUUGUCCUCUUACCUGAUCCUGCCGGGCGCCAGUCUCCUCUAUGGCUGGCUGUGGUGUAUAUUUAGCAUCAGCAGAGCUGGAUGCCGAUCAUGCAGGCCAUUCAUUGGCAGACCGCGUCAGCUGGCAUCUGUCAGCCAAUGAUUAUAAGUCUGUGCAUAAGCAUAUGCACAGAAUUGACUGAACUCUAGUCCUGGGCUGAUGACACCCCAAUGAUGCUGACUGAGGCGGAGUUACACCACUGACAGCAAAGAAGUUCAUCUCAGUAUGUGCACUGUUUCAUUGUGAAGCACUGCCCAUACAGACUCCACAUACCAUAAUCACUUCAAAUCACUAAAGUGGUCAUGGUUGCUUGCAGUAACCCUUUAAAGGCAAUAUUAAGGUGGCAAGAAUUACCCCUCUUCAGCAUUAGGUAUGUGUGGACCUUCAUUCUCUAAAAUGUGAAUUCUGGAUAAUUUCCAUAGGAUUAUUGAAAAUUGUAGCCCAAAAUUGCUGAUUUAGAAAUUUUUCAGCUUGAACACCUGUCCAGGUGCACUAUUUCGGUUUAAGGUUUGCAGUUUUUUUUCUCAAGUACGCCACAAAAGUUUUCUUUACACAUGCUUCUUACAGUUAAUUAGCUCUUGUAGCAGAUGAUUUGUUUGAAGAUUAACAUCCUUCCUUUUGCUUAUCUCCUAUGUGCCAUUUAACCGCCAACACUGCUGUGUAAUGUUUAUGCAUACAUUAUACCAUUCAUUGUAGAAGUUUUCUGGAACAAUAUGUCCUUAAGUGUUGCCCUUGUUGAAAGAAUUAUUAUUGUUUAAAAAGUGCCUGUACAAAAUAAAUAGUUUUACAAAGUUAGUUUAAUAUAUAAAACAUUUCAAUGAAAGUGCACUUGUUACUUUGAAACCUACCAAUUUAAACAUCUAGACGAUCUCUUGUCCUCCAGAUGAUCUUUCCUUUCCAGUGGCAGUGUCCAUAUAUCCCUCUCUGCCCCCUGUCUCUGGCCGAAUUGCUGAAUGCUCCAAUACCCUUUAUCGUUGGGGUUGACUCUCGAUACUUUGAUAUAUGUGACCCACCCCAGGAUGUUGUGUGUAUCGACCUGGAUACGAGCAUGGUUUACACGUGAGUGUGUUACAAUAUGACAGAUAUGUGUUAAUUCAUUGUCUUGGCCUAUACUACAUAGUUACUAUAAUUAGUCACAAUGAGAGUUGCUUGCGUAGCACAGUAAGGGCAAUGAUCUCUUCUUAAACAAUGUCAUACAUCCUUGUUUGGCUUGAUAUGUAACUAAAUUCAUAACUACAUUUUUAAAGUAGAACUUUGUUUUAUAUAUAUAUAUAUAUAUAUAUAUAGGUAAAGUAGUAUGGCUGUCAAGGAUCCUGAUGAAAGUCCACAACAUGGACUGAAACGUUGAUCUAUUUUAAGAAACUGGAAUAAAAGUUAAAUUUUAUUGGAAAUCCGUGAGUGCAGCCAUACUACUUUACCAUUUGGAUAUUCAAGCCCUGGUAUUGCACCCGGUUUGGCAAGUUUUAAGCCUGAGUGCAAGGUAUAUUCUACUUUUAUUUAUAUAUAUAUAUACACACACACACACACUCUCUCUGCUUUAUUGUAUUUAUAUAUUGUUUCUGUACUUGUAUGAUCAUAAGACUUUAUUUUUUUGCACCCCAGCCUUUCCAUUUUAUGAAUAUUGCCUUAAUCUCUUUUAAGUUCCCAUUCAGCCGUGUAUUGAAUGAAAAGGCUUGCUGUGCCUUCCAGAUCCUUAGAAAAUGGUAUUCAUGAAGUCUCAACUUUGUGCUAAGAGUUAUAACUUUAUGCAACACAAGAUAUGCAUUGAAAAAUAUUCUAAUAGGGAUAUAUAUAUAUAUAUAUAUAUAUAUAUAUAUUUUUUUUUUUUUAAUUUAUUUAUUUAUUUAUUGUGGUUUGGAAUUUGUUAGCAAUUUUGUAGUGAAAACAUAUGUUUAGAUUUGUUAUAUAAUUAAUUCACUUUUCAUUGAAUCACUAAGGCUUUCUCUUAUUGUGGAAUCAGUCUUCCAUCUCAAAAAAGACUAAAUAAAAAAUGUAAAAAUAAUCUUUUCCUUUCCACUUAUAAUUUAGUAAUAAAGGAACACUAUAACGUUAGGCAUACAAAAGUGUCGGUCAGCCAUAAGGCACCCCUCCAGGUUGAGGAAAGGGUUUAAAAAAAGGUCUCUCAGCGCUGGUUCGGUCUCUGCUUCCUCUAACCAAUUGGGAGAAACUAAUGCGCAUGUGUUGUGAGCAUUGAAUCAAUGCUUUCCUAUGGGGAUUUGAAGACUCUGCACUUCCUCAUGCAAAGUGUAAGGAUGUCCAGCAUUGUUUCAUGGAGUUAAACUUUGUGUAAAUGCAUGGAGGACCUCUAGUGGCUGUCUGAGGCACAACACCAGAGGCAGUCUUAACCCUGCAAUAAAACCGUGCAGUUCCUCUGAAACUGCAAUGUUUUACAUUGCAGGGCUAAGAGGGGCAGGGACACCCUGAUCAUUUCAAUUAGAUGAAGUGGUCUGCGUGCCUAUAGUAAUUCUUUGUUUUUUUUCCUCCUUUAAAAAUAAAAAAGGUUUACCAUGUUUGUAAGCCAUGUCCACUAAUAUUUGACAGGUUUCUGGAAUGUAUCAAGCUUAUUUGACUUUGUGUGAAAUACUAGUAGUUGAUUUUUUAUUUUUUUUUUGCUUUAAUGUAGAUCAGAAUAUAGAUCAGAAAAGCAGUGCUGUGUUUAUCUGCUUUACUUGCUGUAUGCUCUUGUACCACUUGAUGUUUGCUUUUUGGCGCAGGUCAGAGGAUAAGAGAAGUGUUAACUGGAAGCAGCUUCCAAAGAAACCAGCAAAAAACCUCCUCACAGUCCUAAAAAAGCUUCACAAACAGCUAUUUUCAGGUAGGCUAGUGCCAACAAUGUAAAGUAUUUUGUAUAACGAUAUGUAUUUAGCCGUGCUGACAUUUAUUAUAUUUAGAAUCUCAUCGAAAGAGCGAGGAAGAGUCUGCACUAGAGGUGACACCGAUUGAAGCAGACUUCACUUGGCAAAGAAAAAUGAAGGAAUUAGAAAUGGAAGUCCAGGAAGCAUUCCUACGUUUCAUGGCUUCCAUAUUGAAAGGAUACAGGUCAUACUUGAAACCCAUUACAGGGGCACCAUCCAACAAAGCCACAGCUGCAAAUUCUCUGUUUGACCAUCAAGGUAAUAAAAAAUAAAUAAAUGCAGUCAGUUUCUAUUCGGUGUUCCUGUUCUUCUUUUCGAAGAACUUCUGUUGCAUGACUUUUGUCUCCCACAUGAUGGGAGCAAUCAUAUUUCUUUCUCACCACUCACAGUCCUAAAACUAAUAAUGUACAAUCAUCUUUUUUUAUUUAUUUAACGAAAAUGUAAUUUGUUUGUGGGGAAAAAUAAAAGUAAAAGGCUAAAGUGGUUAUGAUGCCUAGAUUACCAUGGCGCUGUUCCCACUAGUAAUGAGACACAAUGUUUUGCAAAGGUUUGCCCUUUUACCUUUUUCCUAUUUGGUGCUAAGGGUGCCACAAUGGCGACUUUAACGCAUCCAGCUACUGCAGAGCUUGCAAAAAAGCUAAUUCCCAUUCAGCAGCUCAUUCAUUGGAUGAGAGCAUUAGCUGAGUGCUCUCAGCCAUGAAUGAGUGUCUGCAAAGAAAUAUCUACAGCCAUUGUCAUUCAUCAGUCCAGAAUUAUUUUGUUCCAGGUUGGCUAAAGAUGCUCCUGGAGUUGGGACUUAUGGCACCUUAACUGGAUAUAUCUGUGUGUGCAGAUUUUAUACUGAAAUGCUGCACAUAGACAUACUUCAAACUACAUGACCACUUCAAAACACUGAAGUCGUUAUGGUGCUCUGAGUAACCCUUUACAUGUAGAAAUCCACAUAUCUUGGUACCUCCAUUUUAGCUCUCUGUCAGUCAUUGUUCUUUGUAAAUGUCAGCUUAAAGAAAAGAUGAAAAAUUAUACAUUGUUUCUAUUUCUCCUCUCCUCUUCGUUUAAAUGGUUUCCAUAGCUUUGCCCUGAGUGAACUGAUGCAGUUAUCGAAACCUUUCAUAUACAUUUUUAAGAAAACUGUGGUUAGCCAUUUAAAGCACUCUGUGCUUGGGACCUAUGUUUUUCACUUUCUGCAUCAUAACACAUAGCAUGAUGAUGGCAUAGUGCACCGAUUGCCACACGUGCUCCUGGCACCAUAACUACUUGCAUGCUAUAAAUAUUUUGGUUCAUAGUGCCCUUUUAAGUCAAUUGUUUUCUGAUCUUACUCAAAUACAUUGAUUAGUAACAUUGACUGCACGUCUGCUAUUCCAGGCUUUCUGAAAAGCAGGGAUAGAGCCCACACGAAAUUCUACUCUUUGCUGACAAAAACACAGAUUUUCAUCCGCUUCAUUGAAGAAUGCAGUUUCGUCAGCGAUAAAGAUACCAGCUUGGCUUUCUUUGAUGACUGCAUUGAAAAGGUACUAAGGGAAUCACUAGAGGGGUUGGUAGAAAUAUUGCUAGUGAGAGUAUUUAAAAUAAAACUACUAAAAAUAAAACCAUUUAAGAUUUGAAAAUGUUUGAUGUGUACAAGACUCAAGGUCUCUUCUCAUCUAGAUUAUUCACUUCAUUAUUAUAGGUAUAGAUAAGAGACCAGUUCGGAAACUGGAGCAGUCGUCAUAUUUCAUGGUUUCCAUCGUGAUUGCAUAAACUUAGCUCUUGAACUGCACUUAUCACUCAUCCAGCAUCUUCCAUUCAUUAAAUCCCCCCAUAUAUCAUAUCAAGGGAGAUUAAUAUACUGCCACUUGUUAUAACCCGAUAGAGUAUGUUGUUAAAUUUGAAACCUGUACAUGGUCAUUUUGGUAACCUUAUCUAUCAUAUUUAUUGUUUAAUAAAUAGUUCUACUAAUAAUAUACUUAUGCGCAAAUUAUGCAAAUGUUUAUUUGUUUUAGUUGUUUCCUGAUAAAGGCGCGGAAAAGGGGGAUAAGGUAUGCCCUGCUUAUUAUUUUUAAAUAUACUCUGCUUACUUCAAGCAACAGCAAAAAUCUAUUCAUGGCAUCUGCCUUGCGCCUCUUCUUAUUCUCAUGCUGUUCAUCUGUUAAUGUCACUGUCGUGCUUACUUAUCUUUCUCUCUUUUUAUACUCCGCUGUCAUUUAUUCUGUGCACUGGUGUCCUCUGUUGUUGCAGGUUGAUCUGGAAGUCGCCGAAGACACUCGGCUGAUAGAGCUGGAUGAGUCCCAAAAGAGUGAACACACAGUGUUCAUAAUGCCACCAGAACCGCUGCCAGAGGACGGCCCUGAUCCCCUCCCAAAAUACAGGUGCCUAAAAAAAACAUCCAUUGUUCUUUUAAAAAAAAAAAAAAAGUCUCCUCUUUAUUUCUAUUCCAUUGGUCAGUUAAAUGGUUUGCUGUGAUAAUUUGCACACAGACAUUUCCUGCUUAGCAUUGUACUAGUCCAGGAUUCUAAACAAAGAUACUUUUAUUUGUUUGUUUCAAUGAUUGAAGAUUUCAUGGCCUGGCCUCCUAUUUUAAAUUGUUUUUGUUUUAUAUUGUGUUGCAUUCGUCAUUUAUAGCACAGUAUAUUAUCCACAUUACUAUUUGGUUCCAGAAGCUUAUAAAACAAAAUACCCUUCUUCACUAACAUAACUAUAGCUUGUGGGUAACAAUGUUAGCUUCAAAUAUGUAAACACAUCUAAUAUACAAGUAUGAAUUGCUCCACUUAAAAUGAGUGAUCUAAUGUCUGAUAGAACUGCAUGAGUCUGAUUAAAGUGAAACUCCCUUUGUGAAACUGCUUUACAAUGCAUCAUGGAUACGGCUGGAUUAGCAAAAAGGAUAAUGAAGCUAAAUGCAUGGAUUAGGUCCAUUUAAACUUAAAUAAAAUGAAUAACUUUAUGAAUUCAGCUGCAUCUGGCUCCUGUACAUGCCUUCUUAUUGUCUAUAGAAAUUGCUUAUUAGUACUGUGUAUGCAUGAGAGACUGGGAAAUAAAGCUCACUUCUCCAUGGCCUUUGCGGAUGAUGGUUUUUGUAGUGGCCAGUAGACUUGUGCAUGGCAGCAAAUAUCUAUUCCUUUUGGUUCAGGGAAAUAUUGUGAAUGGAAAAAUAUUCAGGAAAACAUUUUGACAAACCAAAAAGGAUGUAAAAAAUGACAUGUACAUUUUAUUUAUAGUGAUAUAUUUUGCAGUACACUGGUGCAUUUUCAUGCCAUAUGGUUGACAGAUCAAGUGAGAGAGUAACCAAUAGAGGGCAAUAGAGAUAAAAAGAGAAGUAGAUUUAGAUUGCCUUUUUAUUUUUUGGCCAGUGGGCAGAACACUGAAUACCAAAUCAAACGAACAUACGUGGCCGUCAUUUGCUUAAUUAUGCAUCUGUAUGGCGCUUUAGAGAUACAGAAGAGCAACUCCAAUUCAGCUGAAUCCAAAGCCUACACUUACAUUCUUUCCAUACCCAUUAAUCCUGUUCACUCACUUCCAAGCUAAGCUGUACUUGCUGUCCUUGCCUACUGCAGAAUGAAAACUUUACUUAUUUGCAUUUAAAAAUAAAAUAGGAGAAAUUAAUAGUUCUGUGAGGUGUAGGGGAGAACUAAGCAGUAUCGCCUAUAAACCUGGAAUCUCAUAGGUACAUGGUGUCUUAUGAUGGAUGUGGAAUUUAAAUACAGUGCCAUAAAUCUACUGAUUAAAUUAUUCUGUAUUGCUUGUGUUGUACAAGAGUUGUGCAAUGACAACUUAUGCAUGAAUGUUUUAUCCAAUAGUUACAAGAACUUUCCACGACUUGACUACUCUCUUUUUGAAUGGACUCGGGAUCAGUACCUCUCAUUCAAUGGCCAUACCAAAAGUACACGGUCUGCAAGCAGCCCUGAUUUCAUUGCAAAAAGGACAAAACAAGUUAGUUUACUUCUAUAAAGUUGCCUGCUGUCUUGAUCAGUGGUUUCAAAUCAGUAUUCACGCACCCAAAAGGUUCAGGAUUUAGGGAUUUCUCAUUUUUGUUCUAGAGUUGCCAAAACCUUGCCAGUUGAGUGUGCAUGAGAGACUGGUUUGGAAACAGAUGGUCUGUUGGGUUUUGAUACAGUUUGUUAAACUUUGUCAUGUGUACAACAUGUAUUAUAAAGGCUUCGGAGUUAUGUUUACUGAAAGAUAUAUGGCAAUUAUUUCAUCUACAUUUAUGUGUGCUGUAAAUUAAAUUUUAUAGCCUUUUGUUCAAACUCUAUUUUAGAUUUAGCAUUCCUUUAAAAUUGCUUUAGUUUAUUUAAAUUUGAAAAACAAGGAGUUGUGGGCUAGAUGAAAAAAAGAUAACUGUACCCUGGAUUUUUAAUUCCAUUAAAAUCUAACCUCACAGUCUGUCUUACCCUAUGCAGUCCAUAGCAAACUAACAUAGUAACUAACUACAUAUGUCUUAAUAUUAUCAGCCACUAAACCUUUUUUUCUUAAACAUUAUGUAUUUAUAGAAUGUUUCAAUAAAUCAUGUACAGAAAAUAAAAGUACAUGAAAUAGUGAACAAUGAUAAACAGCAGCUGUUUGGGGAGAGCACUUAAAGAAAUUCACUUCAGUAUAGAGCAAUUGGUUGCAUAUUUAAAGGUAAACUACAUCAAAACAACUUUAACUUAAAGAAGCAGUUUUGGUGUAUACAGCAUGUCCCUGCAGUCUCAUUGCUCAAUUCUCUGCCACGUAGGCAUUAAUUCACUUUGUUUAUGCACUUCCCUGCAUGCGACUUGCAGAGCUUUACUAAACACUUUGGAAAAAGGAACCUAGAUAAUUUAGGUUCCUUUAUUGCACAGUCUGUUUGAUCUUUUAAUAGCCUUCUAGAGCCUGCAUAAGCCGUCUUUGUGUAAUUAAAGUUCAAUUUACACACCAGUAGAUAAACUUUUAAAGCAAGUUAACAUCUGAUUGAAAAUGAAACCUUUUUUUGCAAGGAGGCUGUGUGAAUUACAGCCAGUGGCUAGGCCUGCAUUAACAGAAACAAAAAGUAAGUGAGACUCCAGGGACCUCAUCUGUACACCAACAAAAACUGCUUCAUGAAACUAAAGUUGUUUUGAUGUCUAUAGUAUCCCCUUAAGUUGACAGUAUACUCUGCCAGUGUAUAUCCAUUAGUCACUCAAACAUAAUAUACCCAAAUGAUCAAGAAUAAAUGUACUACUAAAGGUAUUGUUGCAGUGUUUGGAAUUUAAAUUUGUUUUUAUUAAUUUUGUAGGAAAUUAAAACUGCUCAUAAAGUGGCCAAGAAAUAUUACACAAAUGCUCAAGACUGGGCCAAGUGUCUCUUCAGCCAGUGUUACAGCUUGUGGUUCAUUUGUUUACCAGUUCAUGUCAAGGUUUCUUGUUCAAGAUCUCGUGCUCUUCAGAAAGCAUAUGAGGUGCUUGUAAAAAUGAGAAAAGACAAAGUGGAUCCAUUGGAUGAGGUCAGUAUUUGUAAAAUAGAGAAAUUAUUUGUGGCAAUGGUAAUAAUUGUACAUUUUCUAAAGAUUCUUUCUCAGUGCCACACCCUGUUUCCACUUAACACAUUCCAUUUUUUCAUCCAAGAUCUGUGGUUCUGGAGCAGAGACUUUGCCUUUUAACACAUAAUUAAAUGUAACUUUUGCAUUCCUUUUCUGAAAGUAUUGACAAAGAAUGCAUUGUGUUUUCUAGUUAAGGUCUGCUCUGAACAUCUGUUGUGCAAUCUUCUAACUGUAUUUCUAAUUCUUUUUGUUCAGGUGUGUUACAGAGUUGUUAUGCAGUUGUGUGGGAUUCACGAGAUCCCUGCUCUAGCAGUGAGAGUCUUGUUUGAAAUGAAAAAUGCUGGGAUACAGCCCAACGCAAUUACCUAUGGCUACUAUAACAAGGUAGAGUAUUUUAAUCACCAGAAUGAUCAUAUAAACGUGAGUCUGUAUGCACCAAAUAAAUGUCUGGAGUAAUGUUUUGUUGUUUAGGUCGUGUUACUUGGCCAGUGGCCCAGUAGUAAUCGUAGUGGAACCUUUUUAUGGACCAAAGUCCGGAACGUGGUACGUGGUUUAUCACAAUUCCGAAGGCCGUUGAAGAAAACCCAGAACACCUCUAGGACCUUGUCAGAUCCAAGUAAUUUGAAUAAUUUUUAGAUGCUCUGCAUUUAUUAAUUCUUUCUCUUAAUGUUGACAUGUUUUGUUUUUUUUUACAAAGAUUUGUACUAUGGGGCAUUUCUGCGCACAGUAAUGACAUAAUGUAAUUUAUUAACACUUUCCUACACAUUAGAGUCCAUUUUCUGCUUGAAAAAUAAUUAAUAAUUGGGUAUAUUCCCCAUCUCUUCUGCUAAAAUUAAUUCUGUGUUUGUUUACGGCCUGCAGUUUUCUGGCUCUCUUCUUGUUAGUGUAUUUCCUUCUGUGACGGCCAGCAUUGCAUGAAUUAGAUUGUUCAUUGUAUUCAUGGUCCAAUACCAAAAUUGUUGGGGGGCAUUCAGAAUUAGACCAAAUUCUGAUAUUUUGCUCAUAUUUUUUGUUUUUGCUAUACUUAUUCCAUUCGAUGUUAUGCCAACUUUAAUAACGGGUAAAUUAUCAAAUCAUGAAAUCUCCCAGAUUUAUCUUUUACUUAAUUAUAAUUAAUAUAUAAUUUUUAUAAUGGGUCUACUAAACUUCUUGCAUCUUCAUGUUGGCAUGCGUGUGAUAACUGGUAUUUAUACUUCAGCUUCUCAGAGUGCUGCACUUUGGAAUGAUGGGAACAUGGUGAGACAUCCUAGCGUGGAUAGUUCUAACGAGUCUAACUCAGGGGAGCACAUACUCUUCGUGAGCGAUCUAAUCAGGCUUGAUACUACUGAUAACAGCUCUAGCACAGGUAUUAACAAUGCACUACUAACAUUUAACCCUCAUUUACACCUCAAUCUGUUUAAUCAGGUACAAUGGUGGUGUACACAAAUUAUGUGCAACAGAACCCUACAGUAACUAACCGCUUACCUAUCAGACGAUCCCCAUGCAGGGUGAUAAAAUGGAACCCUUGCAAGAAAAAUAGUGUUUCUCUGUUCUUAACAAGUAGUGUUCAAGCAGAGGAAGGUAAUUUUAACUUUAUUUUUUGUUUUGCAAAAUGAGUGUUGGCAUGCAUGCACACAUUGUUUGGAGGGAAUCCGUGAAACUAGAAGUGGCAUAUAUGUUUGUUUGGGCUGUCUGCUGCAUUAAAUUUCCCCCCCUUUUUUUUCCUACCCAUGUCCUAUUCUUUCUCUCGUCUUUCUUCUUUUUCGGUCCUGCUGCUACUCCUUGCUAUCCUUUCCUCUUCCUGGACCUGUUACUCCUCUUCUUGGAGUGAAAUGUGUCGCUGGAUGAGGAUGGAGUAGAUUUUGUUAAGGCUAGUUUAUUGAGUCGAUCGACAGUGUUCCAGACCCUCCAUUUUGAAUGGUAGCUGCCUGACCUUUAUGGAAUGCUCGGACUAGUGAUGGUUGGAUUUUUAGCUUUUAGAGUGACACCUGAGUGGCUCUCGGGUGGUGGUAGCUGGCAGGAUUGUUGGGAUUUUUUUGUGAUUUGAGUCUUAGUUCACAAGUUUAUCAGUCUCCUAGCACUGACUUGCUAAUUUCUUAUCGUCAUCAUCACAGUUCAAAUCUAACACUUUUACACUCAUAGUUGGAUAUACUUUAUCUACCAUAAUCACUAUGGGUUUAUGGAUAUUGCUUACUCUAGGCUCGCUGCGGUUGUUAUAGUGGCUACUAUGCUCUUAGUAUCAUUUUCUAUAUUUUUUUCAAAACCAUUUGAAUAAAAAAAAAGGUUGUCAAAAUAAAUAAUACAUUCAUAUCCCUGUCAUUCUUUUUAAUCUAUAUCUUUAAGGUAUUUUUCUGUUUGGUGUUUGAUUUUUUUUUUUUUUAUCUUUAUUUUUAAAACCUCUGUUUGUGAAUAUUGACAUCUAUUCAAAAGAAGAUUCCAUUACAAAUGUAUCAGCCACAGCAACUCCCUUGAUUAUGCAGCAUAUUUACAGUAAAUAACUGAACCAGUUUUAUUUAAAAAGCAGAAAUUGAAAUUGCCAACAAGUUAAAAAAAAAUAAUCUUCAUCAGCAAAGAGUAUCCUAUCUUAUUUAUUUAUUUUAUUCCCCCCCCCUAAUACAAAUGAAUAUUAUUUUAUUUGUUAUUCCCUCUGGUCAGCAAAGACCAUUAAGAUCCAGUGGGUUGGCAGGCUAGGACAAUAUGUGUUUAUUAAAAUUUUUACUCUACACAUGACCAACCUUGGGGGUAGAUCUACAUUUCUACGUGUCCUACGGUAUGCAUUUAAAUUAAUGUAUUACUUAUUAAUAUAUGACAUUUAUUUUCUCUGUUACAGAAAGCAUCUAUAAACUUUAGCAUUUCUAAUACGAUGCAAUUCAGAUUUGUAAGUUAGAGAUUAGCCUGUUUUUUUAAAUGUAAUUAUUAGCUGCCUAAACCUCAAAUUCCUUACAACCUUCACACGUCCUAAUUAACCAUAUUGGCAUUUAUUGUUAAAAAAAAAAAAAAAACACUCAAAAACAAUUCUACAUUUUCAUAAUCCAGUAGUAGAAAUAUUUGAAUACUAUUUUACUGCUGUAGACUUGUUUUUUUUUUUUUUUUUGCAAUGUUUAAUUUGGAUUGCAUUUCACACAACAAGCUUAAUAGCAAUGGGAGCUAGUACCAGUUCAAAUAAAUGCUGGUGCUUAUAUCGUGAAUCAGUAGAGUGAGAAAGUUGUCUGUAUACCCUGUUAACAGUGAAAACUGUGCAGUUACAAAGUCCUAAAAAGGAACGUCCAAUCCUAAAGAUGGAGACAGCUGUUUGCUGGGAAAUGUUGCCUCCUCAACAAAAGAAAUGAGUAAUGCAGCCAUGAAUGUGCCACUAUAUAUCUUAAACUGCUGAAAAGCAUGUCAGGAUAACAUGCUGACUUAGAUUAACAUAAUUAUUGUUAUAUUUGCAGUUAUGAGCAUUAAACUUUGAGUAUCCAGUUGUAGUCAUUUUGUCUGCCUCCUCUGUGUCAACCAUUAAAUUGUUGCUAUAGUGAGGAAGAUAACCUAUUGCAAACAAAUGUGUCUGUAUUUUAAUGUACAAGCAACUAAAGAUGUUUUUACAAUGUAUUUUACUGUAGGAGAUCAGCCUAAUCAGAAUUCUGAUUCCAAGGAUCAGAAAGAUCUUGCUUUCUACCAAGAUAUCCAGCAGCCUAAUGUCGAAUCAGAGAGAACAUUAAAUCCCAGCCAAUUUCAGGGACCAAGUGAAGAUAAGUCGUCACCUACAGAUGGAACAGGUAAACAUAUCAGUUAUCGCAGUAGUGGGUGUUUUUUGGUCCUGAGGAAAAUUUCAGUUGGAUCGUCCAAUUGCAAAUAUGGUUAUUCCUGGUCAUACAUCGGAGAGAGAUUGUAAUAAACGUUUAACUCGCAAGUUGGAAUAAACUUGGAAUUAAUAAUAACAUUAAUAACUAAAAAUAAUAACUUAAAAACCGAGUGUAAAUUCGGAGUCCACACUCCUUGCUUUCGGCAAUUCAAUAAUAUUUAUUAAUAAAGGCUUAAUCAAACAAAUAAACAAUACAUAUACAUUUGAAAUAGGCUAGUAUAUGUUGCUACUAAAACUAACAUUGACUGAAUGGAAAGUAGGCUAAAUUAACAUAAUAAAACAGACAUAGACACGUGAUACAGUUACCACUCCAUUGAUCAGCAGCUGAGAGUAAGUGAGAGAGGGUGUGUAUAGUGGGGAGAGGGGAGAGAGGAGAGAGAAGGUGAAGAGAGGUAAUUCAAAGAGAGAGAAAAUGUGCUAUUCACAAGGCUUUAAACAGGUUAGCCCCUCCUUCUGCUGGACACACCUCCCUUAGUCAAUCCCUUAGGAUCUAACAGAACCAGAGUGCCUCCUGGGGGGAGAGGGAUUGCAUUGGAAGGGAAUGGAGGAGGAGUUUAUCAACGACCUAACUGGUUUUGCCUCGUGAAAGGCCAUGUGCUUCACAGAGGACUCCAUUAUUGCCUAAGGAUAGAAUGGGGGCUUGAAUCCCUGUAUUAGAACACAAUAACACUUCAUUGGCAUACAGUUUGGUGGUUAAUCACAUCCCCCCACUUAUUACAGAGAUGCAAUAAAGUAGCAAUAUAAUAAAAAAAAAAAAAAUUUUGUCAUCUACAUAGAAACCUUCAGUUUGUCAGCAAGUUAGAACUGAUUGAUUUUGCACCCUCUCAACUGUAUGUGUUGAAUUGAAGACGUGCUUUGAUUUUACGCUUAUAUUUUUGGGUUGUUUGGUACAGAAUCCAGCACUGAGGGCCAGUGUGAAAAACUCAUGCCACUCUGUGAAGGUCCAAACCCUCCAGAAUCCCCAUCGUUUGGUGGCAGCAUUGUGAAAGUUCCUUCAGGCAUCUUUGACAACACUGGGAGGAAGAACAGUAGUGGUGAGUUGCUAUCCCAUUAAAGCCACAGCCCACUUGAUAAAAGUUAUUACAACUGAAUUUUAGCACAUGUAGUUCCAUCUUUAUACACCCCCCCACAUUGGGUUUAUUUGUAUUUGUAAAAUAAAUGUUCACUUAGAAUGACUACUAGUAGUAUACAGAGAAAUCAGAAAUUUCUUUACAUGUGUGCUGCAAAAGCACUUUAAAAAUUUUCUUAAAAUUACAGAUUCAUUUUUAGAAAGGGAAGCUAGUUAUUGCAGGUAUUACAUUUCACACAAUAUACUGAAACAUUCCAUUUAAUUAUUCCAUUCCUAUUUUCAGCUCUGUUUUUAUAAACCUAUUUCUUUUUUUCACUUUAUUUCCUAAUUGCUGGGUGCUUCAUCUUUUACUGUUAAGCUAAGCACUUACUACUACAUGUCAGAAAUAUACGUUGUGACCAAAAACAUUAAUGUUCCAACAUGUAUUUUAAAUUGCACAAAAUAAUGUACUUACUUUAUGCUUGUAGGUAGUGGUCCAGGAUUAUUGCCGUCAGUUAUGGACAUCGGAGAAGACACAGUGUUUUCCAAUGAGGUUCAGUUAAAAAAGUCUGGGUCGCAAAAGAAGCAAAAAGUCUUCUCUGAGCGAAGCUGCAGUUUCAGUGCUGAGAGUCGAGCUGGUAUGCUUCUGAAGAAAGGUAGCCUCGAUAUCACUAGCAAUGAGAUUGCCCUUAAAAUGGGAGCUGAUGCCAAGAUCCUUACUGCAGCUCUUUCCAAAACACCAACACAGGAAAACAAAGAAUUUAGUUUUGAUGGAAUAAACAGUCAUGACAAUCAGACAAUUAUGGGCAGUGCUCAUCCACAGGAGGAUGCAGGAGAACCAGCCCAUGAUCAAGUAUCAGCAAAAAGAUUGUCUUUAACAAUUGAUCAUUUAGAUGUUGUUAAAGAAGAAAGCACAACAGAUGGAGUAGAAACUGUAUAUGCUGCAGAGGAAGAUCAGAUACCUGUAAACUCUAGCGCUAAAUCCGCAGUGGAACCAAAUAAGAGGAAUAGCUUGUAUGGUCUCUCCAAAGCAGUAGAGAGGGAAGGGGUUGAAAAGGGUCUUGACCCAUUGUCCCUGCUGGCAUCAGAGACCGUAGAGGAAAAACCUCCAUCUCCCGAGGAAAAGAGUAUCUCACCUGUUGUGGCACGUAAUCUAGCUGACGAAAUUGAAAGUUACAUGAACUUGAAAAGUCCCCUUGGCAGCAAGUCCUCCAGCAUGGAACUGAGAAGCCAGGGGCAAGCACUGCCAAGUGAUAACACUGGUAGCUCUGAAAGAAGGUCCAGCCUCCCUGCAGACACUAUACCUCCGACUGAUGUGCAGAGUGAAAACCCAAAGAAUUCGGUCUCACGGUCUAAAACAUUUACUUCAGGCCCAAAGCACCAACUGAGCAGCCAAAAGGAACGGUCAUUGUCCUUGACGGCCCUUGUACGCUCCUCCCCACAUAACUCCUUAGGCUCAUUAGUGAACUCUUUUCCAGGUCUCAAGCUGGAUGCACUCUUGACAGGACCCAAAAUGGAUGUUUUAAAAUCUGGCAUGAAGUCUAGUAUGAAACAAGCAGCCAAUGUUGCAAGCAAAAUGUGGGGGGCAGUUUCUUCAGCCUACAGUUACUCUGAUGAUGAGGCAAGUAAACCGGUCUCUGUCUAUCCUAUAUAGAGAGAUUGAGAGAUAAAUCAAUGGAUAAUGGUUUAGACCCAUUAUCUAUACAAUAAAAGAAUGGUAUACAUGGUGCAGCAGGCAGAGUUCAAAGUGUUUGCAUGCAAUUUAAGGACAUUUGUUUAAGCAGCAGUUGGUUACCAGAUACCUGUAUUAUUAGAAUACUGGCCUGGAUGGAAAUUGGCUUGUUUUAAUCCAACAACAUGUAUGUCAAUGCAAACUAGUAAGCAGCCAUCUCCCUAGUAUAAUCUACUCAUUGCGUUGUGAAGUUAUCCUGGUCAUACUUUCCAGCAAUUGAGGCUAACUCACAAAAAAUGGUCCAGACAUUCAAGCAUUAUUUCAGCUUGCUAGUCUUGCUAGUCUAGUUUAUUGCAAAUUUAACAUGUUUGGGACAUAUAGAGUUGAUUGCUUACAGGCAUGCCACUUGUGUGGUUAGAACUCCAUGGUUCUGGACAGGUGUCCUAGUUAGAGAACUAUUUUACCAAUUUUACUACACUGCUGGAAAAUCAUACCAGUGAUUGCCCAGCUGUUGUUGUUGCCUGCCAAUUGUUGGGUGGCAUUUCCCUGAACAUCUCAAGGUCCUAAACAAUAUGGCUCAACAACUGCCAGAGAUGUCCGAUCUUUGCUUUACAUGUGUUAGUGUGUUUCUUACUCUGAUUUCCACUAUGUGAGCCUUAUGUCAUUUGAGUUUCAGAUUCUUUGCCCAAGUUGCCAUUUUAUUUUAUUUUUCUUUCACUAUUUUAAUUUGUAAUUGUAAUAUUAUUUUUUUUGUAUCUUUGGUAUGAUUUUACAAAAUCCAUCAGGUUCUAGAUUUGCAAGACCUUUCUUUUAGUAUUAAUCAAUCUAAAUGUACAUAUUUUCUGUAGUCUGUAAUAUUAAAGGACCACUCUAGGCACCCAGACCACUUCAGCUUAAUGAAGUGGUCUGGGUGCCAGGUCCUUCUAGGGUUAACCCAUUUUUUCAUAAUUAUAGCAGUUUCAGAGAAACUGCUAUGUUUAUGAAUGGGUUAAGCCUUCCCCCUAAUCCUCUAGUGGCUGUCUCAUUGACAGCCACUAGAGGCGCUUGCGUGCUUCUCACUGUGAUUUUCACAGUGAGAGCACGCAAGCGUCCAUAGGAAAGCAUUGUAAAUGCUUUCCUAUGCGACGGGCUGAAUGCGCGCGGAGCGCGUGCGCAUUCAGCCCAGGAGGAGGAACGGAGGAGGAGAGAAAGGGGGAGAGCUCCCCGCCCAGCGCUGGAAAAAGGUAAGUUUUUACCCCUUUCCCCCUUCCAGAGCCGGGUGGGAGGGGGUCCGUGAGGGUGGGGGCACCCUCAGGGCACUAUAGUGCCAGGAAAACGAGUAUGUUUUCCUGGCACUAUAGUGGUCCUUUAAAGAACAAGUAGAUCCUGUAUUAUAUUUCAAGCCAAGUAGAAAUGUCUGAUUGCUAGACAUUGUGAGUUCUCAUACUUGAAUAUGUGUACAUACAUUACAUUAAAUAUGCCAAUUUAAGCCAAUGGCUUCAAAUUAAUUAGGGAUAAAAUUAAAUCUAUACAUUUUCUAGCAGUUGGCACAUAGUAUACAUGAAAGUGUAUGCUCCUGUUAUACCGUGCUGGCCACAGUAAAGACAUAUUUCUGCAAUUUAUUAUAUUAUUCCUGCUAUGUCCAUACUUUCUCGAUUAUUUAUUUUCUCUAUAUUUCUUCCUAUUGUUCUUUAUCAAAUGCUUCCGCACCCUCUCCUUUUUUGUGUUAGAUAUUUAUUUCCACUUUUAUCAACAUUCAUAUGUUAUUGGUUCUUUCUAAUGUUGAGAAUACAUUAUAACAAACAGGUAAUUGUAGAUUCAAAUUGUUGAAUUUUAGGAUGAAGUGGAAUCCAGGUCACAUUUUCCAUCCAAUGUUGAUGAUCACCUCCUGGGGGAUCAUUUUAGCAGUAAGAUUGGUCUCCAUGGACCUGCAAGUGAACUGACACAAAGUGAUACCAGCCUUGGAAGCAGCCACAGUAGCAGUGGGGAUGCCAGCAAACAAAGCUAUGCAAAUAGUAAGUAUAUAACAUUUUAUUUUUUUCCCCCAAGUUGUUAUUUCAUAAAAUAUUUUAAAUUGGUGAGGAUAAUGAUUUUUUUUCUUAAUUAUUCUAAAAUAAAUAGUAAGAAAUUUAUUGUGGUGGAGCAAAUUUUUUUUAUAUUAUUGAAUAUAGUUACACAGCUGAAAAGAGACAUGCAUCCGUUAAGUUUAGCCUUUCUCACAUCUGCUGUUGAUCCAAAAGCAAGACGAAAAAAAAUAGUUGAGCGCUUUACAAUUUUGCAACGAGCUAGGACAUAAUUUCUUCUUGACCCCAAAAUGGCAGGUUUAUUAAAAAUGUUAAUAAAGACACUGGCUAGUACAGUAUUUUUAUUUUAUUAUUUCAAUUACUACAGUACUUAAAAAUUAAAUAAAUGCAAUAUUAUAUAAUGGAAUUUUCACUGAUAGGGCUCAGAAGAGUUCCAAAAAAUACUUCUAGGCAGUUGGCAAUGUGAAAAUAGUUCAAACCACUUGGACGUGGCAAAUAAUUGAUAUUUAUACUAUCUGACAUUCACACAGAGAUCUUGCUGUUUGAACAGCCCCCAUAACUGACUAUCCCUGUCUGGUUUCUUUUCCUUGGCUUUGAUCCUCUCCCAGAAGCAUUGUAUUCAUUUACAUGCUAAAUACAUCAUUGUGUUAAUCCAUAAUGAUAUAAAGGAUUCAAAUAACUCCUGGUCCUGUCUUUAGGUGAAGCUGGUGCUGGGAAAGGUUUAAGGGGUUUGGAAUCUGAAAAAUCUGAGCACGGAUCUCACAAUACCAGCUUGUCCAGUAUAUUUCAGAACAUUGCCAUGGAGGUAAGCUAACUUAUUCAGGAAUCUUAAUUAUUUGGGAUUUAUGCAUAUUUUCCUAUGAGGUCAUUUUUUGAAGGUUAAAGAUGGACGAACUGCACUUCUAUCAAAACUGAAUUAAGGGCACUGCUUGGGGAAUCUUUGAAGUGCUAGACAUUAUUUAUACAAAAUGGUUUACUCUGUGUCAUAGUUCUAAACUGAGACGCUUUGCAGCUGCUAGUUGUGCAAAAACAAGGUGCACCAGAUAAUUUCUUCAAAGAGGUUGUAUCCAUUGUUUUUACUAACAGCCAAUCUUAACUGAAUUUAGACCUACAUUAUUUGCAAAUUAGAUAUAGUGCUUUUAAAUCACUCAUAUGUUUAUAAAUACACCAUCAAUUGAGUCCUGUUGCUUUGAAUCCUCACAUAAAUAUGUUUUUUGUGUGAUAAUUCUCUUAUAGCUGACAUUUACUGCUUAUUGGCAAGAAGCAUAAUGAUGCUUUUGCAGCUGCAGUUGUGAUUAUUUAUUUUUAAUGUAAAGUAAAAAAUUUUGGGGGUGUGUAUAUUUCCAUAUGCAUGUACCAUAGCAAGAGAAAGGUGUACAUGUCCAAGCCAUUGACUCACCAAAGUUCCAGAGAUGAUAACAUAAUCAUUUUAAAAGGGGAAGUAGGUAUUCACAAACUACCUAAUAAGCCAAAUGAAAUCUGCAUUAAAUGUUUAAAUGUAUGUCUAUUAAUUGCUUGUUUGGCCCUGUGCUGGAUUUAUUAUUUUUUUUGUAGGUCCUGAUGUCCAGUUGCUCUCAGUGCCGAGCUUGUGAUGCCCUGGUAUACGAUGAAGAAAUCAUGGCAGGAUGGACUGCUGAUGACUCCAAUCUGAACACCACUUGCCCUUUCUGUAAAACCACUUUCUUGCCUCUUCUUAACAUUGAAUUUAAAGAUUUUCGUGGCUCUGCAAGGUUGGUUAGCAUUUCCUUUUCAGUUCUGUUCAUAUUGAUGCAGAAAUAAUAGGAGAGUUGAGAAAGGCUGUAGAUGUUCCAGUCACAUCUUAAUGAUUUGGCUCAUUAAAAAUAAAAUCAAUCGAUUGCUUUGUGGAAGUAAGAUUUGAUACAAAUCUUUUUUAUGGUUGAAUUAAUAUGAACUGCUCAACUGUAAUACAUCAGGACAAGUGGGAAAGUCAAAUCCAUCUAUAAUGCAAUGUCACACAAGGAAAAUAGUAUGGAAGGUUGCAAAAGUUUAUCCAAUAUCUUUACUAUUUUAGAAAAUAAAUACUCCUAGUAUAGUGCUUAAAGUGCAUUAUUCUUAAAGGGACACUACAGACACCAGAGUUACUACUUCUUAUUGUAUUUGUUCUGGUGAGUAGAAUCAUUCCCUGUAGGCUUUUUGUGGUAAAUAUUGUCUUUUCAGAUAAAACACAGUGUUUACAUUACAGACUAGGGAUACCUCCACUGGUCACUCCUUAGAAGGCUGCUAGUGGUGCUUUCUGUUGCAGUGCUGUGUACUGUGCAGCACUGCCAUUCAGUUUCUCCUUCCUCUGCAUGCAGACACUGAACUUUCUUCAUAGAGAAGCAUUGAUCCAAAUAUCUGUAAGGAGAUGCUGAUUGGCCAGGGCUGUGUUUGACUUGUGCUGGAUCUGCCCCUGAUCUGCCUCCUUGGCAGUCUCAGCCAAUCCUAUGGGAAAGCAUUAUUAUUGGCUCAGAGAAUCACUUCUAAUGAUGUCAGCCAAGCAAGCAGAUCAGGGGAGAGGCUGCAGCUGUAGCCUUGUAUAGAAGAAUGAGUUUACCAUACUUAGGGGUGCCAGGGGGGGCUAAAUGGUGGUUUUAACACUAUAGGGCCAGGAACACAUGUUUGCGUUCCUGACCCUUUAGUGUUCCUUUAAUUUAGCUUACAGUCUUCUAACUUCACCUGUGGAAACAGACAGAAAAGUGAAAUAAAGACCUCACUGGCCUCAUUAUUGACCUUACUGUGAAUUAAUUAUUGACCUCAUGUGAAUUAAUCUUAAAAUAAAUGUGAAGUCACUGAAGCUUAAAGGCUCUUCAUUCUCAUAACAUGUAAAGUUAAGGGGUUAGUGUUGGUGUAUAAUGAUAUUUUUUAAUCUAAAGUGAUAACUGCAUUUCACUGUUACAGUUUCUACUUGAAGCCAAGUAAUUCUGGAGACAGUCUUCAAAGUACAGAACAAAAAAAUAAGUCAGGUUCUGCAGCCAAUGAUCUGAUGACUUCUGAAAAUCCUACUGCCUCCACUCAGCAUACAGCAGAUAGAACCAGUGCUGCAUCGGAACAAAAGUAUGUAGCAGUGUGACUAAUCAUGGUCCAUUUUUUUCCCUGCUGCUCCUAAAGCUUUCAUCGAAUUAAUUAUUGCUACUAUUGACUGUACUUUGCUGAAAGAACUUUACUGGUAAUAAACAGUCCAUUAGAACCAAAGAGUUUACUUUAAAAACAUGCAAAUAACAGGUGAUAAUUCUGCUGACCAAUAUUACUCGUGUAAAUACCAUUAAAUAAACAAAGAGAUUACCCUUUUGGGUCUUCUUACAAUGUUAAAUGUAAACAAUGUUUAUUCCUAAAACACCAACCUGUAGUAAGCUGAAAAUCUAAUUCUUAAAUUUAGGUUACUGCUGAUUUAGUUAAAAAAAAAAAAGAAACCUCUUAACACAUCUUGGUGAUUUUUUUUGCCUGAAUUUUUAAGUCUGUUUUCUCUUCUGUUACUUAGCUAGCUUGCAAUCAAAGCCAUGUUGUAGGUUUAUAAAAAAAAACAUACCGAAUAUAGGAAGAGAAAAAAAGGUUACAAAUUAACAAUCGGUACUUGUUUCCACUACUCUAGGAAGACAUAUAGAACAAAAUUGCUCAAAUAUAACUAAACAUAAAAUGCCUUACCACAUAAUUCUUGUAAUGUAUAUGCCCAGUUUUAUAAUGCUCAGUAGCAUGGUAAAGAAUAUACGUUUUGAAAUACUACAUUGACAGGUUGUGGUUAGUGAUGUCCCGAACGGUUCGCGAACGGUUCGCCACGGACUCAUCAUUGAGUAAACUUUGACCUUGUACCUCACAGUCAGCAGACACAUUCCAGCCAAUCAGCAGCAGACCCUCCCUCCCAGACCCUCCUACCUCCUGGACAGCUCACUAAGAAUGCAGCUUCACAAUGGAUGCUGUCCAGGAGGUGGGAGGGAGGGUCUGCUGCUGAUUGGCUGGAAUGUGUCUGCUGACUGUGAGGUACAGUGUCAAAGUUUACUCAAUGAUGAGUCCGUGGCGAACCGUUCGGGACAUCACUAGUUGUGGUACAUUUCUUAACAAAGCAGUGAUACAUAAGGUUCAAACUAUAUACCAAUGCAUUUAACAAUAAUACUGAUGAGGGUUGCUUCCAUGCAUACCUGAUUAACCUCCAACGAUUCAGAUAUUUUUGCUUUGUUUUAAUUGUUAAGCUGUCAUUGAACAAAAACUCUUGUUGCUCAGCAAGUAUAUAAGUUUUUUAUUGUACAUUUGUGGGGUAUUUUUUGUUUGUUUUAGUUUAAUGUCUGUUAAGGAAGGUGUGGAAUUUCCAGCGACUGUAAAGGUGCCUGAAACAGCUAGUGCCCAAAAGAGAACUGCUUCAUUGACCAGGAGUCACAGUGUAGGAGGACCUCUCCAAAAUAUUGACCUGUCACAGAGACCUUCUCAUGGAGUCUCAACUGUCAGCCUUCCUAACAGUCUACAGGAAGUUGUAAGUACCCAAAGACCCAGUCUGAGCACGUAUUGAUAGUCCUAUUAGUUAGACAUAGUACUUUUCAGAGAAAUGUUAUCAGGUUUUUGCUUUUUUUUUAUUGUCUCUUCUUCUAUUUUAACAAAAUGAACAUCAGAAUCUUAUAGUCUUUGUUAUUUUAAUAGGGGGAUAAACAAUGAAAAGCGAGGAAGAACCUGGCACAAACAUUACUGACAUAGAAAGAGUGCCACAGCAAUGCACACACAUAGGUCAAGCAAUUAAAGGCAGUUCUAAAAUGGCAUCUGAAUUUGGCUUUAGUCUGAUCCCAUUAGCAUUAUCUGCAUUUUCUGCAAUCCAUUGUAUGGUGACACAAAUAGCUAAUUACAAUUACUCUGUGCCAUUACUUGUUAAAGAACUACGAUUUUCACCAGACUACAUGAAAUAAAUAUAUAUAUAUAUGUAUAUGUAUGUAGAGCUUGUAGCCCUAAUCUAGUUUUUUUGUUGUUUUGUUUUUUUUCUUCUAAAGGAUUCUUUGGAAAAGAGGCACAACCCCCUUCCUGUCUCCGUCCCAUACCUUAGCCCCCUUGUACUUCGCAAGGAGUUGGAGUCUCUGCUUGAAAAUGAAGGUGACCAGGUCAUUCACACUUCCACGUUUAUCAACCAGCAUCCUAUCAUCUUCUGGAAUUUGGUGUGGUACUUCAGGCGCUUGGACUUGCCCAGCAAUUUACCGGGUCUCAUCCUCACAUCAGAGCACUGCAAUGGUGGAGUGCAGGUAUACGCUGUUCUUCCACCAGAUUUGUGGAAUAAUUAUUUGGAAAACUAUUAUGAAUGUAAGGACUAACUGCUGUGUAAAAGAGAGAAACAUUUUUUUUUAAAUAGUUUUUUUUUUUAUUAUUAUAAAUUAUUAACCUUUACCAUCAGGCAGUGUAAUAAAGUGAUUGCCCCUUUCAGCUUUACAAUUCGUUACCACUGUCUUCAUAGUAUGUAGCUAUCAUUUAACUCUGCAGAGUAUUCUACCUUGAAAGACAGUGCCCUGAAAGUUUAUUAUGGACAAAGUAUGUUGUGCUUAAAGGGUUUCUCCAACCACCACAACCACUUUAGUGAUUUGAAGUGGUCAUGGUGGUAGGAGUAUGUAGGUAGGAGCAAAAACACUACACAUACUGAACUUUUUUUUUUUUUUUUAUGGUGUGCCGGGGGUAGUUGCACCUCCAGCACGUGUGACAUUGGCAGCCCAGCUAAUAUCAGUUCUGUGCAUAGUUUGCGUCUGUCAUCAAUGCGCUGACCUUCCCUGUGCAGAGCACCUACACAGGAAAGAUUGUGCUCCCUCUGCUAAUUGUAUUGGCUUUUUUUAAAUUAUUAUUAUUAUUAUUAUUAAUAAUUUUACUCCAUCUCUUCCUCUCCCUUCCCCUGCCCUCGCACACUAUCAGAGUCAGCAAACCAGUCCAAUUUCUGACUUCUCUAUGAGAAGCCUGUGAUUGGAUCUCGCAAGGCCAUCUGUGAUGUCCGGAGGGGCAGUGUAACUAAGCACUGGAUGCCAGAUAAGAAAAAUUAUUAUUUUUUCACAGCUUUGACUGCAAACGGAGUGGGGGACCUUUUUAAUAGUGCCCAAUGGGGCAUAUUACACCAAAAAGAUCCCCCUCCAGUGACUAUUGAAGCAGAAAAGGGGUGCAGCUUUUGGACAUCUACUGAUGGAGUUGCGUUACCCCUGGCCAGAUUCCAUGUGGCUCACUGCUAAAAGUGAUCUUUUUAAGCUAGAAGUAAAUCCUGUUUCUUUUUCUCUAAAAACUCUCCUUUUUCUAGAAUGGCUCAAUAAUUCUACUGCUUUAACUACCAUGUAAUCUAAAACAAUCUCUCACCUCUACAGCUUCCCCAGACAUCUCUGUCGCAAGACAGCAAGCUUGUUUAUGUUCAGUUGUUGUGGGAUAAUGUCAACCUGCACCAAGAUCCAGGAGAAGCACUUUAUAUCAUGUGGAGGAAUUUAGGUAAGGAAAUAUAGGUAAAAUCGACUGGAAUCAUUUUACCAGCUUCAACUGAAUGCAAAACAUUUAGAGUUAUUCACUAAAGUGAGAAUUCAAAGUGAAUAUGAAAUGUAAGGUCAAAAUAUCCAAACUGAAAAAAAUUAUCUAGCUUAGCUGUGCUUCCAGUUCAGCCACUUUGGCCUUAAGGGAACGUUAUAGUGUCAGGAAUGCAAACAUGUAUUCCUGACACUAUAGUGCUGUAAGUAAACAUUAGGUCCCUGUUACAUUCAGCUUGUCCAUGCAGAGCGUGGAGACGCUGAAACUAGCUGUUGCACACUGUGCAGCACUGGACUAAGAAGCACCUUAAAUGGCUCACUAGAGUUGUAAAUGGCCAGCAAUGUAACACUGCAUUUUCUAUGGAAAAGUGUUUACAGUACAAAGUCUGCAGGGGCACUAAAACUACAUUAAGCUGUAGUGCAAGCAUGUCAAAUUUGCUGCCCACAGGACAGCCACUCCCCCUUCUCUCCUGCUCGCAAUGCCAGAGGAGCGUCUGGCCUGCUUCAGCAAAGAAGAGCAGGGCUGGAACUGGAGGACGGGCGGCUCAUCUUAAGGUAGGGGAAGAGGAGCUUGGGGGACCUUCCUGUGUAGUGUGCUAAAUUGGGGAGGGGGCAGUGUAUUGAUUUGAGGGAGGGGGCAGUGUAUUGAUUUGAGGGAGGGGGCAGUGUAUUGAUUUGGGGUAGGGAGGGGCAGUGUAUUGAUUUGGGGUAGGGAGGGGCAGUGUAUUGAUUUGAGGGAGGGAGGGGGCAGUGUAUUGAUUUGAGGGAGGGAGCAUGGGGGUCCGCAGGAAUUUUGCCAGGGUGGGGGGGCAUAAUUGUAAUGACAUCCAUGCUUGGUCCCUUUUUGACCGUGUCCUGAAAGGGAAGGGGCAUAGUCAUUUUCACAUAAAGCCAGGGUGAAUAGCGUUUUCACAACUAUGAAGUCAGGAAUACAUGCUUGUAUUCCUGACAUUAUAGUGUUCCUUUAAGUAAAUUAAAGGGUGCUCUCUUUACUUUAAGGAGUUAAACCGCUCUCAGAUGGUUUAACCCCAAAGGCUUCCUCCAGCUCCAGAUCUCCAGGUAGCUCAGUGGUAUUCGGCUUCUGAAACGGAGUGUCAGGAAGUGCAGAUUGACGUCAGGCAUGGGUGCUGCAGAUUGGCUAGAGUGAUCAAUUGACGCUCUAAGCCAAUCGCUAGUUCCCGGUUCAUAAAAAAGGUUUUACUUUUUUUUGAAUGGGGAGCUACUGAUUGGCUUAGAGUGCCAGCUGACCGCUCUAGCCAAUCAGUGACACCCCCACCUACCGGCACUCCAUGCUUCCUGACACUCAGUAAAUAAAAGUGAACACAUUAAGACUGAUAUUUUUUUAUUUUAUUUUUACCUGGGGAGAUGAGAAGGUCCAAAGUUUCCCUGCCAGGCCCAGGUACCAAAGCCUUAUGAUGUGGUGUCCAGAAUAAAGUGGAGGGUUUACUUCACUUGUCCUUCCUGCUCCAAUCUCUGUUUCUUCUCCUUCAUUUUUUUUUUUUAAAUUUUUUUAUUUUUGUAGUGCAUAGAUGUGACACAAACAGGCAAGAGGUGCCCCAAAGGCAGUCCUCCAGCUUUUUCCCACGCGGAACAUGCGGGGCACAAGAGUAACAUGCACAAUUUUACAUUUUAAGCAGGUUUAAGCAUACGAAUACCGCAGUAGAUUGUAAAUAUGGUCUAAGAAUAUAAGCAGUUUCAGCAUCGUAGUUUGGACUGUAUGUAAGCAUCUAUACUUCAUACAUGUUUGGUCAGAGUAUGGUUUCUCACGAUUAAUACGGGCAUUCAUCUAUAGGUAUACAGCGUUAGUCAGGUAGACAGGCUAUUGGUAUUGCAGUAUGGUCUUAUGUGGCGUAGCAAACCAUUAUGCUAGUGUAGCUAUGUCUGUAGAAUGAUAUUGCAACACACUCAACAUGCAUUAUACGUUUUCCAUGGCUCUUUGCUAUGCUAUCUGCAUCUAUCAAGGGUUAAGCAGGCAUAUAUAGCACUGUGCAUAACAUUAAGACAUAAAGAUACCAUCAGAGCCUGCUGGGAUCAGUGUUAUGAGAGAUGUGUUUUGAGAAGCACAGAGGAGCUUAACCAGGGCAGUAGGAAACAUGGGAAUGCUUCUUGCAAGGUGGAAUAAAGUUGUACCAGCUAGCUACUGGGUCAGUCCUUCGGUUGAGAUCUUGUAAAGUCCUGAUAUUCAUAUUGGACUGUGCGUUUGAGGACCUGCGUGGGUUUGUUUAGUCCAUAUCCAGUGCUGAAGGAUGCAUAUCAGUCAGGGAGAGAAUUGAUGCGUUGCGCCUCACAGAAAAGGUCUGGGUGCAGGUGCAGUCAUCCUCCGGGCAGAUAAAAUGGGCCCCAGGAGAGUGAUGGCGUCCUCCACAGGCGCGAAGGUUUUCCGUUUUGUUUCUUCAACCACCCAAUAUAUGUGUGGUUAGCAUCCCCUUAGUCUGCUCAAUGUGAUCCGCGGGCGCAUCCCCAGGGCAGGUUGCUGUGGUGAUCAGAUGGCGUUGGAUGGUUUCUCCUGCGGUAGGUUGCACAUGUGGCUGGCGUGUGGCGGCCAUCUUGGGGACUGCUGCCGGUGAGUGUUCUAGCAGGGUGGUAGUUUUCGGCCCUGCGUGGCGUGACAGUAGUUGCAUGUGUGUGUGUAGACCGGGAUGACCCCCCCGGUCCAGAGGGGGGGGAGGGGACGCCAGACACCGGCCGGAGACCCGGGAGAGCGGCCGUCUCGUCCCGGCUCAAGCUCCUGCACACCUCGGGCCUUCAUCGGGUUACUGUAGGCUUCUUGUGGGGUAUCCCCUCGUACCCCAGGAUCUGGGGAUCAGUGUGAACUAUGUUGCGGGUGGCUAGGAAGGUUUUGCCUCCAGUUUGCGCCGUUUUCCCGGCCCCAAAGCGGAAGCUCAGACAGAGCGUUUCUGAUCCUGUCGGCGGUCCGCCCCCGCCCCCUUCUCCUUCAUUUGACACAGUCUUCUUUUUCUUCUGACACUGUCUUCUCUCCUCCAUGGCUCCUUCUGCCCCUUUACUUUUCUGCUACUUUACCUUUCUGCUACUUUCUGCUUAUUUUGCUCCCCUUCUGCUCCUUUCUCUAUCUGAUCCCUUUCUGCUCCUUGCUACCCUCUUCUGCUCCUUCUCCUACUUUACCUUUGUGUUCCUUCUGAUUCUUUCUGUUCCUUUACCUUUGUGCUCCUUCUGUCCCUUUCUGCUCCUUGCAGACCCUUCCUGCUCCUUGCAGACCCUUCCUGCUCCUUGCAGACCCUUCCUGCUCCUUGCUGCCCUUUCCAGCUCCUUGCUGCCCUUUCCAGCUCCUUGCUGCCCUUUCCAGCUCCUUGCUGCCCUUUCCAGCUCCUUGCUGCCCUUUCCAGCUCAUUGUUGACCCUUGCUGACCCUUCCUGCUCCUUGCUGACCCUUGCUGACCCUUCCUGCUCCUUGCUGACCCUUCCUGCUCCUUGCUGCUCAUUUCUGUUCCUUCUCCCACUUUACCUUUUGUGCUCCUUGCUGUCCCUUUCUGCUCCUUGAUGUCCCCUUCUGCUCCUUGAUGUUCCUUUCUGCUCCUUGAUGUUCCUUUCUGCUCCUUGAUGUCCCUUUGUGCUCCUUGAUGUCCCUUUGUGCUCCUUGAUGUCCCUUUGUGCUCCUUGAUGUCCCUUUGUGCUCCUUGAUGUCCCUUUCUGCUCCUUGAUGUCCCUUUCUGCUCCUUGAUGUCCCUUUGUGCUCCUUGAUGUCCCUUUGUGCUCCUUGAUGUCCCUUUGUGCUCCUUGAUGUCCCUUUGUGCUCCUUGAUGUCCCUUUCUGCUCCUUGAUGUCCCUUUCUGCUCCUUGAUGUCCCUUUCUGCUCCUUGAUGUCCCUUUCUGCUCCUUGAUGUCCCUUUCUGCUCCUUGAUGUCCCUUCCUGCUCAUUUCUGUUCCUUCUCUUACUUUACCUUCCUGCUUCUUGCUGACCCUUCCUGUAGGCUGCCUCCCCCCAUCACCCCCACUUCCCUGAUCUGUAGGUGGAUCCCCCAUCUCUCACUUCUGUGAUCUAUAGGCUGCCCCCAUGCCUCACUUCCCUGAUCUAUAGGCUGCCUCCCCAUUCCUCACUUUCCUGAUCUAUAGGCUGCCUCCCCAUGCCUCACUUCCCUGAUCUAUAGGCUCUCUCUGGCUGCAUGUGCUUCUCCCCUGCGGAUUCAGUCAGGAGAGAGAAGCUGGGAUAAGAUGUAGCUUCCUAUUCCUGUCUCUCUCCAUACACUACUGGCCGGUGCCGGUAUUGCACUGUAUUUUCAAUCUCACACGAAAAAUAGCAGAACAAGCUGAAAAAUCCGGGCGGAGAGCAAUGUAUUAAUUUAGGGGGAGGGAGGGGGCAGUGUAUUAGUUUUGGGGAGGGAAGGUCAGUGUGUUAAAAUAAUGUGGAGGGGCAGUGUAUUAGAUUAGGUGGAGGGGGCAGUGUAUUGGAGUGGAUCUGCUGAACGCUUCCCAUGGAGAUUGCUGAUUGGCCACGCAGCUUUUUGCCACACAUGCACAUUAGUCUUCAUACGCUUUCCUAUGGGAAACCAUUGGAUUGGCUGAGAUCAUCAAGUUUGAUGAUCUCAGCCAAAGUGAAGAACACACUCAUAGGACUUCAAAAUCAACAAGAUAACGUUUUUUUUUUUGUUUGUUUUUUUUGUUUUUUUACAGCUGUGCAACAGCAUACAUUCACCAUUUCAGUCCCAUUACCAAACUUUUUUUCUUAAUAUGUCAAGGUAGUUGGACUGAAACAUUGGUUAUAUGCACAUGCAUUUCUUUUUAAAAGAAAUUUGCUAUGUUGUUUACUUUGAAGCCCUACGAGCGCAAGGACCUCCAGUGUCAGGCAACAUUUUUAUAUUGUGCUUUAUUAAAUACACCUACAUUUCUAUGAAAACUUACGUUUUUGUUUUUUUGCGACCCACAUAAAGUUAAACCUUGUCUACUUGGCCCGUGUUAGCCUUUGAGUUUGACAUGCUUGCUGUAGUGGUUCUGUUGACCACAGUGUCCUUUUUAAAUUUGAAAUUCACUUUGAAUUCAAUUUGAAUUAUCUCUUCAGUGAAUAACCCUGAUUGUAUUUUCCUCAUAAAGUAUUUUCCUAUGUUAGUUGAAUACACUAACAUAGAGUAACUCUGCCUUAUAUUGACUAGCUCUGUUUCUCCUAGUAUUUAAUUGAUUUUGUGUUUAUCAUACUUUUUUAUUUUAUUUUUGUUAACAAAUCGAAAAGGCUAGUAGUGAAUUACCUUUGUUCUGGAUAUUUCCUGUGUAGAAAGUAUGAAAAAGGCGGCUUCCCCUGUGCCUCCGGACCUGCAGGCCACCGAUGCAUUGUUGGAGAAUAUCUCUCUCCGGAUACAGAAAAAUGAUGUCGUAAGGCCCAUCAGCCUUCUCUUGCAGAAAUACAGUACAGCCAGCAAACGGCAGCGGUGAGGGCUAGAAACAUAUUCUAUCUAUACUUAGGUUUUCAGUUAUCCCGUUCAAUUUGUAAUUUGUUAUUGAUUAUGGCGUGUUUUUUGUUUUCCUUUCUUUAGGAGUCUGUACAGAGAAAUCUUAUACCUUUCAUUGGUUGCUCUCGGAAGAGAAAAUAUUGAUAUCGGUAAGCUUAGGAAAGUAGGUUGGGCUUAAUUAUUAGUUAACCCCGUAAGGACUAAACUUCUGGUAUAAAAGGGAAUCAUGACAUGUCACACAUGUCAUGUGUCUUUAAGGGGUUAAAGGGACACUUUAGUCACCAGAACAACUACAGCUUAUUGAAUUUGUUCUGGUGAGUAGAAUCAUUACCUUCAGGAUUUUUGCUGUAAACACUGUCUUUUCAGAGAAAAUGCAGUGUUUACAUUACAGCCUAGUGAUAACUUCACUGGCCACUCCUCAGAUGGCUAUUAGAGAUCCUUCCUGGGCCAUGGCUGCCUAAAAUGCAUCCAAACAUUCAUUGUCUCCUCCCUCUGCAUGCAGACACUGAACUUUCCUCGUAGAGAUUAAUUGAUUCAAUUCAUCUCUAUGAGGAGAUGCUGAUUGGCCAGGGCUGUGUUACAAUUGUGCUGGCUCUGCCCCUGAUCUGCCUCUUUGUCAGUCUCAGCCAAUCCUAUGGGGAAGCAUUGUGAUUGGCCCAGGCUACCACUUUUGCUUAUGUCAGCAGGCAGUGGGCAGGUCUAAAGGAAACAGGGACAAAGCAUGCAGCUACAGACUUGAAUACAAGUAAGACUGUACUAUAUUUAGGGAGGCAAGGGGGGCUAGAUGGUGGUUUUAACACUAUAGGGUCAGGAAUACAUGUUUGUGUUCCUGACCCUACAGUGCUCCUUUAACAGUUUAGUCCGAAUGUUUCAAAAGUAGAAAAAAAAAAUUUACACCUCUUUACAGCACUAAAUAUUUUAAUUGUUUUUGCUGACUUUGUUCAAUGUGCAAAAAAUAAAUUGCAGCCUUUUGAAAUUUUGUAUUUUCUUUCAACUUUCUAAUGUGUAAAACCCAUCCAUUAACCAUCAUCUACUAGCACACUGAAGCAGGGUUUUCUCGGUUUAUGCAAAUCUUUUGGGCAAAAGACAAGUCAAAAACAGCACCUUUUUGUACUUUAAUCAAUAUUUUAUUUUUGCACUUCAUUAUUGCAGAUUAUAGUCCCACUUUAUUAUCUCAACUCUAAGGUGUAUUCGGCUUUAUAUAAAGAGUGAUGCUGGGUAAAGUUCUAAAAUUGGAGCAGUCUAAUUUUUAGAAUUUUGUCUUUUCUUUUUUGUGUACUACAAACUGGUGAAAUCUGUUUUUGAAUAAAAUAGUUACUGAUAUUCAGGUUUGAAAUGGACAUCUGCAUGGCCCCAACAUUUCCAUGAAUUUUUCAAUGAUAAAAGUAAUGGCUUGGCUUGUGUUAGAAUUACAGAUUUAACUGACUGCAUAAUCUCUCAUUCCGUUAUAUAGAGGCUUUCGACAAUGAAUACAGAGUUGCAUAUGAAAAGUUUCCAACUGAAAUACUUUGCAAAAUGCAGAAAGUUGAUGCGCCUCCAAGCAAGAGUGUGGAGUGCUGUAGGAGUUUAUUUGGAGCACCUCUUAUUUAAAAGUGAACACCCUCACACACACAACAGAACUUUAUACCAUGGAGAUAUGUCAUUUGUUUUUUGGUUUUUUACUUUAAACUCAAAACAUCUCAAAGACAAAAAAAAUUUAAAUUUUAAAUAACUCUGCUUGAAUCAUCGCUCAAACCAAGAGGAGUUGCAUAUCUCGAGAAUGAUUGGAGAUGCACCCCAUUUGUCUGGAACAGCAUUUCAUACCCACUACCUGUGAGGAGAUCAUUUCCUUUCAGGGCAAACUCGAGAACAUAUGUGGUAUGUUAUGUCAAGACCCAUCUUCUUCAAGUGCCUUUGGGGAAAUCAGCAGUAUAUUUUGUGGCCUUAGAAUUUUUGUAUACUAAAUGAAAAAAAAAAUGAAUACAUCAAUGGGUAAUAGAAACCUGUAAACCUGAUUCUGAUAAACUUUUACACUGCCAACGGCUGUGGGUGAAAGCUUUCUGCUGCCCGACUCUGCAGCACUUUGACUAUCUGUUGUAUGACAGAUUUAAAUACUAUGCUGUAAAAUAUACUCAUCCCUUUUUUUCUGAAAAAUUGCUGGAAGCAGCUAUGCUGCCUAAUAGACCCGCUUGGGAAUGAUGUGCGAAAGGCACUCUUUUAGCCUUAAGACUCUCAAUAAUUUUGUCUGACAAUCUUCUUUGCAGUAAACCAUUAUAUCCAAGACUCAGCUGUUGAUGCAGCACAUGUUAAAGCUUUUGCACUUAAAGCAAAUGACUGGUCUUUGUUACCAAAUUUAAAGGACAGUUCCGUGAUUUGCAACUAAGCAUUUGGACUAUGUCUCUGUAAGCCUUAUUGUCAUUUGCGUCCUAUAACCACUUCUGAUGUUUUCUAAAGUUGUGAUGUAAAAAAAAUGCAUUCGCAUAAGCGCUCCUGAUUGUUUUUAUGUCAGAUUAUUUUACUCAGCUGCAGUUGGAAGCAAUAGAAAAUCUGACUUUUGAGAGGUCUACUUUAAAUUGUGUGUUCUUUAAACAGAAUCUUUACAUUAGUUCUGUCAAGUGACUCAUAAAGCCUACUCUAACAUGCAUUUUUGGAAUCUGGAAGGUAGCUGUCUGUGUGUCCUGUAGAAGUUGUUGUGUUGGAUCUCUAUUGAUGUUCAUGUUAUCUGCAGAAUCAUACAGCAUGCAGCCUAACAUAAGCUCAGAGGGCUAUUAUUGCUGGUUUUAAUUACAUCUGGCCCUGUGAGACAUUCAAAGACACUUCCAGUCCCUUGCUAAUGAAGUUCUGCAUUUUAAAUAAUUUCUUAUUAACACAUAGAGGUGUAUUUUCAGUCCCACAAGCUGCUUGUACACAUAUCCAGCAAAAUGCACCAAUUAAUUUGAUUUAUAUAUAUAUAUAUAUAUAUAUAUAUAUAAAAAACAUUUUAACUCUGCUCUGCUUCAUCUUAGAAGAAUAGCAUUGCCCAUCUAAAAUAAUUACUGCCUGCAUUAUAAAUGAACAGCAGUUCACUUCAAGCAUUGGGCCAUUUCUAUACUCCCAGUGCCGCACAGCACUGUUGAAGUCUUUGAAACACUUAAUUGUGCAUAUACCUACUGCUGCCCUACACAGGCAUACAUAAUGUAAGGGGGCCUUGUGAGCUCAUUGUCUUAACCAUAACACACCACUAACAUACACUACAUAAAUCAUUCUUUAUUCUUAGAUUGACAAACUUCAAAUUACUGUUGCUUACAAGCCACUACAUCAUUUUGGGGUAAUAUGUCUAAAUAACUGAGAAUGACAAACUACUUGCAUUUGUUUGAUUUGCUUUUUUUGUUAAAAGAUUAAGAUAAAUUAAUUAUUUCAAUAUGUGACCUUGUUCCUGGUACUUUUCAUGUAUGCUUUUCUGCCAACUGAUUUUCAUUGGUAACCUCUUCAAAUGGUCUUGAUGCAAGUAGUCAUUUUUGGCUCUCUUGAUUAAUAAGUUGGUUAAGCGUGAACCACAAAACCUAACUCGCUAACGUUUAGCUACCUAGAUCAGGUGAAGGCAACCUUAGGCACUCUGUUGUGGAUUACAUCACUCCUGAUACUUUAACAGGAUUAUGGCUGUAAGGGCAUUAUGGGAGUGCUGAACAUCUGGAGUGCUGAAGGUUGCCUACCCCUGAACAUCUGGAGUGCUGAAGGUUUCCUACCCCUGACCUAGGUGUUUACUAAUUAAACAUUAAUUUGUGGCGAUCUGACAACCAGUUUGCCAGUUAGUCAUAGUGGAAUAAUAUUUAAAGCUCAGGAGAACUGGAUAUUUUUGCUCUGUUUUUAUCCCAUAUCCAUUGCCUAAUAUUGGCGAUUGAGUCGUCAGCUCACGGUUUAGUAAAUGUACCCUUAGUGAUUCUGGCCAUUUUUCUCUAAACUGGUUAGUGUCCAUUGCGAGAUUCAAGCAAAAAGAACAUUUCACUAUUUUCAAUAAAAUGUUUAGGCGUCCUCUACCCGCCAGAUACAGUUAGACAUCAGCUUUAUAGAAAAUGAGAAAGGCACCAGGAGCAAGUUCAUUUUUUUUAUAAUUAUUUCUAUUUUGUUUCUUGGUUACAAUUUUGCUAAAUAUCACAGUCAAAUUACAUUAUUCUUUCCAAACAAUUAUGUGACCAAUAAUUGGAAUGGCAUGAUUUAGCCUUUAAACAAAGCUGAUUUUGCACCAAAUAUUUUGUAAUUUGUUUACUUUGCAUGAAAUGCCCUAAGUGUAUGCUUGACCAUUGAUGGACCUUACUGGUCUGGAGGUUUAGUCCCUUAUCUAGAAAGCAAUAUAUUUUAAAUCCACAUGCAUGGCUUUUCCAUAUGGCAUUAUUAGAAAAAAUAUGUAGUAGAUUUUUGCUCUAUAAAUUAUAGAUGGUACAAUGGUAUUUAUUUUGUGUUUCCCCUUCAGCAUUGGUUAUCAGUCAAUGUAUAUAUUCAUUCACCAAUAUUGCCUUUUUCCAAAAUUGUAUCAAAUCAAUGUUUAAGUCUCAUUUAGGAGAGUUAUCGGGUUAAUACCAUCCUAUUCUGCCUCCUCGUUUACAGUUAGCCUGUGCAGAACUGGACUAUGAACCUUUCCUUGUUACAUAGAACAUCUAUCAAUUAUGGUGGGGAGUCCUUUAAUUUUAGUUGUUAACUAGCUUCAGACGUGUGCAUGGUCACUGUACUUGGAUAUAAUAAUGGAUUACAAAGAGGACCAUUUCAUUCUGUCAUUUUAAACUGGUAAUUGCACUGCACCAGUUAAUUAUCAAUGUCCUGAGAAGCACCGGUCAAUUGUAAAUGAAGUUCUCUCAUUGCAUAAAGUGUAGAUUAUAAUACUUCCAAUACUUUACCAUCUUUGUGUCCAAAAUAGCAGCAUAUUCCCUGUUCACUCAUUGCCUUUACCAUUUAGCCUUCUUAUGUAAAAUCCUAUCAUGUGGAGGAAUUGGACGCAUUAUUAUUAUACUAUUUCUCACACAAACAAAGCAAUAUUGACUUUUCAUGUUAAAUAACUAGUCUGAAAAUUCCUAUAGUAAAAUGUAUUUUUAUAACAAAUUAUUUAAAAACAAAAACAUGACUUCAAUUUGUUAUAUAUGUAAUGGUUUUAUGUAUUUUUGUUGACACUCCAUUAAUCACAAAUCUGUUUUCUCAAGUCCAAAGCAGUCUCUACUGGAUUCUCAUAAUAAAAACUCCGUCCUUAGGAGUGCAGUCUGACAACGUGUUUAUAUAUAUUUUUUACAUAUUCAUAGGAUCACCUCAUUCUACCUUGUAAUUAUUGGAGUGAUUUUUUUGAUUAAUAAUUUAGCUGACAAAUUAAACAUUUCGUCAUUCGAAUUGCAUGCAACAAAACGCAUUUUUUGUAUAGACUGUAAGUGCAGUGAAUCUGACAACUUUAAAGGGAAGUAAUUUGUUUCCCUCUAGUUAUCUUUUCUGCAGUCUGUGCAGUGUACUCUGUCCAUUUAUACUUCUUAAUCAAUACAUCUGAGAUGUCUUAUUACCCUUUUUAUUCAGUAUCCUUACUAUUCUGUUCUAGAGCAGUGGUUCUCAACUCUGACCUUAAGGCCUAUGAACAGUCUAGGAUUUUGGCACCUCUGUAUCAAUGGGUAUACAAGCAGAAUCUGUACUGUUGGUGUGGUUAAUUACUUAAGUAUUUAAUUGGGAACCACUGAUCUAGUGUUAUGUACAAUGAUCUAGCGCGUUCAGUAUGGCUACAUACUAUAAACUAGGUGUUAUUAGAUCAAUGAACUCUAAGGGUAUAUUAUCUUGUAUUCCAGUUUGCUCACCGUAGACAAAGUUUCAUGUUAUGUAACCAGAAAUUAUGUAUAAUCUAAAACAUAUGUAUCUAUAUUUCUCUACAAUAUGUAUACAACAUCUAAAUAGACAGUUUGUUCCUUUCACAAGCUAACAAUAAUUACUCAUAAUAGCACAACGAUGAGAGGUUAACCUUGUUCCAUGUUCCAAUGUGUUGGUUUAGGCAUAGUGUCAUUCAGUCUUCUAGUCACUUGUUUGUACCAGUUUUACAGUGCUGUAAUUGUUUACAAUGUGCAAUGUUUUUAAUGUUUCAAUAAUCUUUCUGCUGCUCCAGUGUGUAUCCAGGAAUAGAAUCAUUUGCUGGACUCUUUGAACUCUAGUGCCUUCUCAAACCAAUGUUUGCUGUGUUCACCAUUCUACAAAUGUUUCAUGAUCUUUCAGUAAUGUACUGCUUUACAAUGCCCUUCUUUGCGAGACAAAGAACCAAUUCAUGCCCAUUACUCCAAUUUUAGCUGUUAACAAACUUAGGGGAACUGUCACUUCCCAGGAUUCUUAAUAUUCUAUAUAUGUAUUCUUAAUACUUAAAAAUAAAAUAAAAUUUAGAAAUCCACACAACUUUAUUCUGCAAAUGGGCACCUCCACCGUAGCUCCAUGUCAAUCAAUGUUGCAAGCUCUGUUCUUUGUACCUAAUAGAGAAUUGGAGAAGUUAAACAUUGUUUCUAUUCUCCUCCUUAUUUGCAAUGUGUGCCCUGGCUUUGCCUUGUCUGAACUGGAUAGUGAUUUAAGGGGAUACUUUCAAAGGCAGUAUUUACAUUGCUCCCUAAUAACACCUCUAGUGGCAGUCACUCAGAUGGCCACUAGAGGUGCUUCCUAGUCCAGACAUUCAACAGAGAAAGCAUUGAAUUGGCUGAGAUUAUCAAGAAUGGAGGCGGGGCCAACCGAAGCGAGACCGGCGUCGUAUGGGGAAAAAGGUGAAUAAAAUCACUUUUUCAUGCCGAUCGGAGCAGGGAUGGUCGCCUAAAGAGCCACAUGUUUGUAUUCCUGACUCUAUAGUGUUCAUUUAAUUUACAGAAUCUUUAAUAUAGAUUUAAAAGUAAGCGUAGCAUUACAUGAAAUAAAGGUUACUACAAUUUAUAGGUGAUUUAUUUUCAUUAAUUCUAUGGUAUAAUUUCCAGAGAAGUGACAGUUCUCAUUAAUGGAGUGUGUCGCCUAAAGAGGUGAGAUUCUAGAUAAAUGCCUUAGUCAGCAUGUACGUAUUACUGACAACAAUCUAAACACCCAGGUGCUAUUUCAACUCACUCUUAUAAAAAUUCAAUUGGGCACUACUUUUGGGAAUAUUUGCAGCAAAAGCAUUGCUUUAUUAUUAUUAAAAAAAAUAAAAGAGCUAUGUAUAUAUCUGUUUAGAUGGAUAUAUAUAUAUCUUUUAUUCACACACAUACAUUACAUUAUAUACACAUAAGAUGAGGAUGGAAUCUGUACACAUGAAUUAGGAGUAAUGCAGUUGUCUGUUUUGCACUUUGUUAAACUUUAUUCUAGCUUUCUCUGUGCUUUUAGAUUGAAGAAAUGUUUUUGUAAAUUUAAAAAACUGUCCUCAAUUUCUAAGAUUUAACGUUUUGACAAAUAUUUUGUAUAGAUACAUAAACAGUUUAGAAGUGACUUCAUUGUGUUUCUAGGGAAAAUUAUUAAAAAAAGAAAAAGAAUAAAUGUGUCUAUAAUUUUACUUUUAUUAUAUCCAGAGGUUUGCAUUUUACAGGCAGGAGUUGCUUUUAGAGUUUUCUUAUCAGUAGAUUAUCUGGUUACUGACUAGAUUCAGUGUCCAGCUCUAGUCUUAAUGCCUAAGCGUGGCAUGUAGUCAGCCACACUGCAAAAGAGCUCAGUGGUUUUCUUCUCAUUUCUGUUCUCACAACCUUGCCCUCAAAUCCAUGUUUUCUUGUAGCAGGAAAAAAAAUAACUGACAAAUAUAAUGCCUGUUACAUGACAUUAAACUAACACUAAGAAGGUCAGGAAAGCAUUGGGAGGCUAUCGCACAUGCGAUGUGGCAAUCAGAAUCUCCCCAUAGAGAUGCAUUGAAUCACUGCAACUCUAUAGGGAAAGUACAGCGUCUCCAUGCAGAUGGUGGAGACGCUGAACAUCCGUGCAGCACAGUCUGAGUGACUGCCACUGGAGGUGUUGCUAGGCAGCCAUGUAAACAAUGCCUUUUUCUGAAAAGGCAGUGUUGACUUAAAGGGCCUGCUGGGACAGACUAUACUCAUAACUACAUUAAGCUGUAGCUGUUCUGUGACUAUAGUGUCCCUUUAAUUCCAACUUCACAUAAUUAUAUUUUCCUGGCUACGUCACGAUAACACAAGGUUUUAAUACAAAACACGUUGGCUUAUUAUCUACUUUGAUAUGGCACUGAUAUCUUGGAUCCACAAAUCUGUGAAUGUCUAAUAAAGCUGUGGAAUUUUUUUACAAAAAGACUGACAGUGUGUCUGCUAAUGUCUUCAAUGGUCUUUCCCACGAAGGCAUCACAUGUAGGUAUUAACCUAGACUUAAACAAUCAGGACUGGAGUCGAAUAAAUUACACAAGUAAUAUUACAGAUUCUCCAAAAACUGUCAAACCAGAAGGGAAUCUGUGAUGUUAAAAGAAAAACUGCAGCAAACUGGAAUACAUUUUCUGUUUUCCUGAUUUACUAUGGCAGAAUCUACCACAGCAAAAAGGGAGGAAUACAUGUCUACAAAACAUUUAAUGCUUAUAAAC